GCCGAGGCGCGGGGCGGGGUCGGGGGCGGCUGCUGCUCCGGCCCCGGGCACAGCAAGAGGCGGCGGCGCGGAGGGUCCGGCGGCGGGCUGGGAGCCGCGGGGCCCGGGGGAGCGGGAGGCAACAGCCCCGAGCAGGAUGAGGCCGGCGCCGGCUACAACAGUGAGGACGAAUACGAGACAGCGGCGGCCCGCAUCGAGAGCAUGGACCCGGCCACCGUGGAGCAGGUACCUCGUGGGGGUGGGGAGCGGACGGCGGGGUCCUUAACCCUGUCGGAGGCCUAUGGAGCCCACGCGCUUUUAUGGGGGGGGGGUGCUUGCUGCUUGACACCUUCGUUUCAUGCUGGGCUGCACGCUUCCCUAUUGCCCUACAGCCGGAGGAGUCUGGCCACCGGGAGUGCAUGGUUUAAUUGUUUAAUUUACCUCGCGUGAUGCACGCGUUUUGCGCCCUCCCACUGAAAUAUGUCUUAGCUAUAUAAUGGGUACACAUCAAAGCGUAGUAUGUCAACUAGCCAUGCUGCUCCCAGGGUGGUUCACAGUUGAGGGUUCCUGCAGGAUCACUUGGGCUGGAUUUGUUUGAAGUUAUCCCUAGGAGCAGGUGAAAGCAGAAUCUGAAAGGCUCCCAUUGAAAAGAGGGGAGCUGUCUCUCCAGUAAUGUUUGGUUUCUGGUAUCCUUUGUAAAAAAGAAGAAGUGUGCAGAUUCACUGUGUUGGCAGGAAUGUGACUUACACGGCAUAUUAAAUUGUGAUGCCUCCUGCAGAAGAAAGCAGAAUCCCUUUUAUGUGGCGUUAUUGGUGCCUAGCUGUUUAAUAGAGAAAAGAUCGCCCUUUGGUUGAAAAAGGGGGGAGGCUUGCUCUGGCAAUUGUAAGAUUUUUAACUAUUACUGAAGGGUGGGACAAUGUCAUGGAGCCAGGUGGGAGAAAUAAAGGGAAUGGGUGUGAAGGGAAAUAUUUUGCUUAUCUGUACCGAUUGAUGCAGAAGGGUUUCGACAUCAUUUGAAAAGAAAAUAACAUAGCACAUCAGCCCCACAUAGAAUAUGAAGUUACCUUAGGGGACAAGAGAGAGAUGGGGAUCUCUCUUUGAGGAAAGGUUACAGGAAAUCUUUCAGUUCAAUUCUGUGAGUUAAAACAGGAACCCUUGUUUUAUAGUUGUAGGUAGAAACACUGGAAUGAAUACUGGGUCUGGAUAUGGUAUGGAAUACAAAAGGGAACCAAAGAAUUAUUCUCUGUUGGGUUACAUUGCCUUUUAGCUUGUAGAUGUGACACCUGAGGUCAUCUUUGAGAAGGAAGGAUUGAUGGGGCCUUUGUGUGUAUAGAAAUGGCAUCUUCCAUCCUGUGACUGCAGACAACCUUUUGAUACUAAAAAUGGAAGUAUUACAUUCAGAAAGGGGUGGGAUCUUUGCUCGAGAGAAACUUCUCUCUGUAAAGAAAUUGGAUUUGCUUAGCUCCAAAGUGAUAGAGUAGGUGUGGAGAGGGUCCAAUUUAGAAGACAACAAAAGUAGUGGCAUGAGGGGUUGGUGGGUCUCUAUGCUUGAUUACAGUUUUGUUUGUAAAGACAUUUGGGAGAUGAAUAACUAUGGGGAGAAGAGUCUGUUUUGAGAACUGGCAGGCUGAGGAAAUAUGUGUGCUGGAAGAAAUAAGGUUUUCUGCAAGAGUGGCAUGCAGAUACAUAAAACUGACUUGUAUUAAGUCAGCCCAUCCAGCCCAGUAUUGUUUCCUUGGACUGGCAGUGGUUCUCUAGGGUCUUGAGCACAGGACUGACUUCUGGACUUCCUACCAGAGAACCUUUAUUUGGAAAGUUGGAGGCUGGAUUUGGUGCGUGAUCACGGAGGUUUGAGCCCCCACCCCACCCCCAUGUAGAUCUGUGGCUAUUCCAUGCAGGUAGGUUCCUAGAUCACUCCUAGUUUGGUCUCACUGUUAAGUAUGGCUUAGGUCAUUGUUGUUUGCAGCAAACUGUCAUUUGUUGAUGGCUAAUAUUGGGUGUUCUGGUCCUGUUGGUAAACUAUUAUAGGAAAGGGAACCUCUUGGUCCACUCAGAAGCAGAUCGUCCUUUAUAUUAAGCUACUGCUGUGUCCCACAAGGUCAUGAUCCCAAGCUUGCAGGGAGGGAGGGAAGAAGGAAAAUAUUUCAGAUGACUUUCCCUGAAAACAAGGGAAUUAUCUGUCAGGCCUCCUGCAGAAAAAUGCUUUUGUAAGCUAGCUUGAGAUAGUUACUAUUGGGGUGGCUAACCUGUAAUCCUUCCAGAUGCUGCUGAGCUACAGCUCCCAUCUUUCCUGACCUCUGGCCUCGCUGAUGGGAUUUGGAAUCCAACAUCAGGAGGACCACAGCGCCCCCCCCCCAUUCUUUAGCAAACCUCUUCAAGCUUUCUUAUCUUCAGAAAACACUUUCUACAUCUAUAUAUUGGCCACAAAAACCCUGUGUGCUGCAGAGGAUUCUGGGACAUACUCUAGAUUGCCUUUUCAGUGUCUUCUAAACAUUUUGACCUGGCAGUCCAGUCUAGAAGCGGACGUUGAGGCUGCAAUUAACGUGGCAAAUGAUCGUAGGCAGACUUGGAAUAGCUAGCACCACCAUCCUGGUUUUGGGGGGUGGGGAGUGAUGUAAAAUCCAGAUGUCAAAUGGUUGAAACAGAAUUCUUGAUGGUUUGGAAUUUAGCUUAAGAUUCUGCCAGAUGCAGCAAUAAAGUGAGUGAAAAACCAUUUUCCACUGCUAUAGAGGAAAAAGGAAUGCAGCUGUUUUAAAUUGCAGCAUGAUGGAUUUGGCCUGAAUACUGGGCAGUGGGGAAAAUCUUAUAUUUAAGAAUAGGGCAGCUAAGCAAAUUGCUUUGGAAAGCUACAGCAUUUUCGUGUUCUGAAAAAGAAGCCAGAUUAUGUUUUCUGUUUUAUUGGUAAAUGUUUAUGUUGCCAUACCCAAAUGCUGAGAGCAAGUAAAUUAUAUAAAAAAUGUCAAAUCGAAAGCUAUUACAAAUAUUUACAGAAAAUCUAUGUAUAUGAUUCAGUUAAAUGAUGACAAGGGCCAGCUUGGCACCUCACACCAGCUGCUUUAUGUUGACAACCCCAACCUAGUUAUCAUAUUUCCUUAUGAUGCAUGCCCAUGACUGGGAUGUCAGCAACAACCGUGAGUAGUGUAGAAAUGUGCAGUGUUGGGUGGGGGAGGGGCAAAAUGGUUUCAGGACAGACCUAUCAAAUGGCAAGUCUGAGGUGGAAUCACAUGGGAGGUGUCUCUUGAUGACCUCACGGUGUGCACUGCCUCAUUUGAAGUGUUGUGUCUGAGGCUACUUCAGUGGGUUGGAAAGCUAAGUUUUGUGACAAUUGAUCUGUGGUGGUAGAUCCACACAUCAAAUGAUAAAUGGGCAUAGGUGAGUAAUUCACCCUUGCUCUGGAAAACACUUUUAUUCUAACUCUCCAGGGAAGGGAGUUCUAUGCUACAGAACAGCCGCUGUGAGUGCUUUUGGCAGUGCUUUUGCUGUAUUGAUUAGGUAUUGCUCCUAACAUUUCCCCCAGUGGGUCGGCCAGCAGUUGUGAUGGGACACACGAGAGGAGAUUAUCUCAGAGGGAGGCCUGCAUCACACAUAGUUCUUGAGGCCAUAUACUGCAAUUAGUUCCUUGAUACACUGUUUUUGCAACCUGCCCAAGCUCAGCAGACAGCAUCUUCCCGUCCCUCCUCCAACCUUGGGAAUUGCAGUUGUCCUGUCAGCUACCCCUCAAGUCUGUGGCUGUUGUUGCUGAAUACCAAGUUGGCUCUGAAUAAGACCUCUCAUGAUCUGCUUAUGGAUGAGGAGGCCGAUCUGCUCUGUAUCACUGAGACCUGGGUGGGUGAGUUGGUCUCACCCAGCUGUGCCCAUCUGGAUACUCCAUGCAGUAUCAGGGCAGACUUAAGGGUCAGGGAGUUGCUGUAGAAAUUCAUUCUCUCUGUUUCUGUCCAGUUGGGGGAGGUAUCUAGAGUGUGUGUUCCCGCCAUUGAGCAAUUGUGACAGAUGAGGGAUUCUGCUAGUUUACUGCCUGCCUUGCUGCCCUCCAGUCUCCCUGACAGAGCUAGUGGCAGUGUUGAGAACUCCCAGACUGUUGGUUCUGGGGGACAUCAACAUCCAUGCCAAGGCAACUCUGAGGUGGCUUAGGACUUCAUGGCUGCCAUGAGAACCAUGGGGCUGUCUAAAAAUGCCAUCGGCCCAACGCAUGUGGCCUGCCACACUCUGGACCUUGUUUUCUCAACUAGGAAGGAAGAUGGUGAUCUGAAAGUAGGAGAUAUUGACAUCAGUCCCUUGUCAUGGUCAAAUCACUUCCUGUUGAGAUUUAGGCUUUGAGCAUCUUUUCUGCUCUACAGAGGUGUGGUACUUACUAGGAUGGUUUGCUCUUAGAGACUGAUGGAUAUAAUGGGUUUCCAAACAGCUCUGGGAGAUUUUCCAGCUGAUAUGACUGGUUGAAGUCCUGGCCGACCUCUGGAACAGCCAAAUGGUUAGGCCAUUGACACGAUCGCCUCUGAGUGCCUUGCCUGUUUGGCUCCCUGGUAUACUCUAGCUUAGGGCAAGGAAACAAUCUCGGAGGCUGCUCAAAUACAAAUGGAGGAAAUGAAUGCAGCCCAACACUGUUGAGGGCUCACCAUCGAGCCUACCUAGUAGCACUGAAGGCCACCUUGAAGGCAUACGUCUGAAUCCAUUGCUGUUGCUUGAGUCUCAGGUGGCCUCAGUGGUGUGUAAUGUCUUCUGUCAGCUUCGGUUGAUGGCCCAGCUGUGCCCCUGUCUGGACAGGAGUAGCCUAACUUCUGUUGUCUAUGCUUUGGUGACCUCUAGGUUAGAUUACUGCAAUGUGUUAUAUGUGUGGCUGCAGCCAAAUGGCUCACCGGGGCAAGGUCUGAUCCUGGCCUGACUAAUUGACUGCCAAUUAGUUUCUGGGCCCAAUUCAAAGUGUUGGUUUUGACCAGGCAUAGGCAAACUCUGGCCCUCCAGAUGUUUUGAGACUACAAUUCCCAUCAUCCCUGACCACUGGUUCUGUUAGCUGGGGACAUUGGGAAUUGUAGUUCCAAAACAUCUGGAGGGCCAGAGUUUGCCUAUGCCUGGUUUUGACCUAUAGAGCCUUAAACAUCUCAGGACGCUUAAUUGCUGCUGUUACCAGCUAGUUAUAAUCUCAUGUAGUAUUCAGUCAGAUUCCAUCUUAACACAGUGCAACACUGUGUAGAAAGAAGUUUUUGCCUUCACCUAGUUGUCCCUACUAUCUUGCUCUUGCAUGUCCACCAGAGAUGUUCACACCUACAGGUUCAGGGAGUUUUUUUCUCUACAGUGUGCAGGGUUCUGAAGGUCAGCUUGCGCAUGUGCACUAGCACCCCAAGCUGUCAUAGUAUGUGACUGUCGUGUAGUGAGCGCACAAUAGCUGUGGAUAAAGAGUUAUUUGAAUGCUAUGUUGUUGAGGAGGAGGGUGCGAAAAAUGGUUAAAGAGUGGGGUUUGGCCCGUGUGUCAUAGUCACUUGAAAAUAAUUCCCUGCUUGGUGAAUCCUAGCCUCCAAAUGCAAGCCUGUGUGAGAAGUUUGCAUGCUUGGGGGACAGCCAGAGCUCAGUGCUAGAGCAUCUUCUUUGCAUGCAGAAGGUUCUAGGUUCAAUCCACAGAUCACUUGUCUUUAGAUAUAAAGUCUUUGAGUAUAGUAGAUAAUUAAGUGUGGUAGCUGAACGCGUCUGUUUUAUGAGCUAAUUGGUGCAUUGUAGCAUGUGCAUUUAUUUAGCUAUGAGAUGUGAAUGAACCUAGCUCCUCCCAGAUUUGCACUUUGCCUCUCCCAAUCCCCUUUUCUUCAGCAUGUAGGAGAAAAGAGUUCAGCUUUACAACACCUCCUCCUGGCUACACAGAAGGAAAGGGAAGGGAGUAUGAGCUUAGGAGGAGGCUAGGCUCAUUCAUGCCUCACAAAAUCAUGGUUUGGCACAAUGUGUGAAUGUAGCCAUAGUGUGUGUGUUUUAUGUGUUUACCAUCAUCCUUCAAUAUAUGUUAGUGGGUUUUAUAAUUGUUUCUUCCUACAUGAAAAUACUUUCUGUGUGGGGAAUAUGUGACAUGAAGAUGGUCAGAUUCUGUCACGUCUCCAAGACAAAUAAAGUUCCAUGGUAAUCACUGAAUUCCUCUCAUUGCUCCAAUGUCCUGAAUUCAGGGCCAAAGUAGGCAUAAGGCUCAUGAUUUUGCCUUGGUGUUUUUUUUUUUGUUUUGUUUUUUUUCAAAUAACUGGUGUAGAAGCUUGCUUCUUUUUUUGACAAAUAGCAGAAAGGUGUAGCCCAGUUCUUCUGACUGGAACUGUGGCAGACGUAAAAACUUAAAGCCUCCCCUUCCCUAUGCCAUUCCUGAUCUGGGUUGGCCCCCUUGGCCAGCUAUGUUUUUAAAAAAGAAAUAUAUAGGCCAAACAACAUGGCAAAACAUUGCCCUUAGUCCAUUAAUGUAAUAGGAUGCACUUUAAAGUGCUGUAUAGAAGAGAGCACAUAGGAAAUUUGAACUUGCUUGGGCGGUAUCUGGACAGAAAUAGCAUCAGUUGAAAUGAAUGGGAGACUGGCAAGGUGUUAGCUUUGUUUUGAGAAUUCAUUCUCAAACUGUGGUUGCUGAGUUUUGCCAGUGUUCCACAUAAUUGUGAAAGGCAGUUGUAUAUCCUUAAAACAUGGAGUAGGCACAUGCCUGGGAAGUAUAAUUGGAUAUGGAAAGACUCUGAAGUUGAGGACUUGUUGGUCAGGUUUAUUAGUGUGUUGAAGCGAUGUGGGACUGUUGUUCAUCAGAGGAAGUGGGUGAUUAAUACACACACUUCCAAAACACGGCAGGUAGCUGAAGUGAAUCAUCCAUAGGUGAGGGCUGAGAGCUCAGGAAUCUGAAAUACUCUAGGCAUUCAUUCCUAAAUAGUCCUAGCAGAAAAUCAAACACUCUACCCAUUUUAACUGUGAACUUAUGCAAAGGCAAAGGUGGGGUGAGGAGAGCUUUUUAAAAGAAUAGCAAACAUAAUUUAGCCAGAGUGAAAAACAACCACUGGAAGGAAGGACAGAAAAUGAGAGUUUGUUUUGUUCAGAAAAGCUUUUAUGGAAGAGCUUUUGGGGCCGCAUAUGAUGUUCAUAUUAUUUCUGUUAGUCAAUGAAAGAAGUGUGUUCCACCUGCUUAGUAAGAAAUAGGGAGCAGCUGUUGCCUGAUUCUGUAAAUAUGCAGUGCCUUACAUAGAUCGUGGGGGCGGGAGGAGUACACAUGCACUGUGUGGUGUGAAUGAGCAGGUGCUGUUGUGAAAUUCAGAAUGGAGAAGUCUAAAAUAGUCCCUGUACUGGAAAAUUUGGGGUUGUGUCUCUUUUUCUGCAUAGCUCAACAUAUUUAUUACAGUAUUACUGUGCUGCUAGAUUUUGGUGGUAGAAUGCUUUUCAGGUCUCUAAGAUAUAUACUUGUCUAAAUAUUUCCAAGUUGCAAGAAGUUCAUCAUUCAGUUGUCUGUGUACACUAGCAGUUGUCUGCAAAAGUUUUGUGAAGGUCAUUGUUGUCCUAGACUGGGGAAGAGGUUGUGGUCUGGAUUACCAAAGUCAGAAUAUCUUCUACAAUCCUAAGAAUCUGAACUUUCACUGGAAGAAAAAAACACCUCAUUCAGCCCUCAUAGUUAUGAAGAGACAGAGAUUUAGUUUCUGUUAAAUGAAGUUUAUUUUUCUUUUCUUUGUUUUUUUUAAAGUAUGCCUUAGUUCCUGUAAUUGAGGUAAUUAAAUUUGAAAAUUUUCAGCGAUUUUCAUGCUCACAUAAUGAGCAUGCUGUGUGCAACCUGUUGAGCUACAUCUUUCAUUACCCUGUCUGAAAGUAGCAACAUUUCUCUGUGCAGCUGUUGUGAAAUAGCCUAUACGUUUGUCAGAACUCUGAGAUGGUUUGUAUAUUUAUUCAAUUUUUAAGCCCUCAUAAAUGAUCUCAGGGUAGUUUGCAUGUGUGUAUUUUUAAAACCAUUUAAAAUAACAUUAAAAUGUUCUGCUUAUGGCUCAACCCAGUUUUCUAAGCAGUAACAUAGGUUGUAAACAGUGUUAGAAACUUAGAUAUAUAAUCUAGGCACCAAAUGGCUCCUUAAACCAGGGUUACAGUCACCAGAACGUCUAGUUGCCACUUUGGGACCAGAUGGUUUGAAAGUUGUAUUUUUCAAUGCAACUUUUUGGUUCCUGAUAUUUGUUCUGCUUGCGCAGAUAAAAUAACACGAAUAGAAUUCUAAAGGAUGUGCUGUUAGGGUGUGAAAACAGGCAAGAGCCAAGGAUCCCCAGACAUGCCCCUCCAGAUGGAGACAUCAGGCGCCAUCCUAGCGCCCAGACUUCUUCACUCGGUCACAAGUGACCGAUAGCAAGGUACAAAAUGCACCUGGCGCCUGGCAAAUUUGGAACACUUGGUUAUAAAAGUGUCAUUGUGAAAAUUUCCAGCGUGGUGGUUGGUACAAAAAAUGAGCUAAAGCAGUUGUAGCCCCACUCCCAAAGAUACAAAAGUGUAUUACGGGUACAGGGACAAUCUAGACAGCUUUCUAUUUAUGCAAGACAAUGUUGCCCUGAAAUAUAUUUUAUGAAUCAUUUAAUAAAUCUGCUCACUAUGAUUUGCAUUGUAUAGGUUGUUGGGGUGUGUGGAGUUGGGAGAGGGGGUUAGACCCAGACUGCUAGUGCAGCAGUUAAUAGAAUAAGCUAUGAGCUUGGACAUUUUAGUUCAAAAUUAGCCUCAUCCACAACGUCACAAGCAGUCUCAGUCAAAAUACUGUCUCCAGACUCCAUUGUAAUAAGGAGGUGAAAAUGCUUGUCUGCUUUAUUACCUGUCUGUGAAAUUCAUGGGGAGUUUGUUGCGUUUGAUGCUCUUUUUGUUCCCUUGCUCUUUGAUUUUCUGCAUACUGUCAAGUUGAUCCAGAUGACCAAGUACCGGUAUAUUGUCUGCCCUGUACAAAAUGUUUGGAAAGAGCAUCACACAGCACAUGUUCCUUGUCUUUUUCCAGAACCCCAAAUACCACAGAUCUAAUGGUUCUCCUCACACCAGUUAUUCAAUUUAUGUAUAGAAAAUGUGAUAAUAGGGACAAGGAAGGCUGAGCUUUGCUAAGAAGGGGAACUAUGGAAGAACAACUUGGCAGCCUAUGGGCAUGCGUGUCCACUUGUUGCCAGAAGAUGGCAGCACAAUCAUUUGAGCCAGAAAACACAAGUGUACUUUUCUUUGGGAAGUUCUGACAAGUUCUGAGCUGUUCUAGUGUAAGUUGUUGAAGGGGAUUAGUAUUAAGCCUUCUAAGAUUCAGUGAUCCACAGGGAUGUCUUCUCCUGAGCCAGCCCAUUGAAAUAAGUAGUUCUUGCCCAGCAUUCUUGGAGUAUUGGUCAUAAUGCAGAAUUCUAGAUUUCCCCUCCUGGCUAAAUGCAGCUGCUUGCAUACAUACAGUCAGAUCUGACCUAAUAGAAUGCCAAAAAAGAGAGAAACUAGUUCUGAAAAGAGUGCUUUUAAUAUUUAUCACAGCUCAACACAUCUUGGGGCAUAGGUUCUUCCUUCAGGAGUAAUCGUAAAAGUUGCAACUUUCAUACUGUAAGGCCAAGUCUGUAAAGCUUUGUAGUGAGGAAUUAAAUAUCUUUACUCUUGAUUCAGUAAUGAAGCAGUUUGCACAAAUACUGCUUCCUGUCUGGCACUGUGAGGAAGACCCUCUUUGGGAUUUUAAAUGGAUUUUUAUUAAUUUUCAAAGCAAACAGUAACAAAACUGGGAUGAGAUAUUAAAAUAAUAUAUUUUCCUUACUCUUGUAGUCGAUGCAUUUUUGGUGAAGAGCGCUGAGAUUGGAUUAUAGGUGUGUGGGGCAUCUUGAGCAUGGAAAUGUGGAAGGGGCAUUUGUGUAACCAAGCAUGAUAUUGUAAUGCUCCUCUUAAAAAACACAAAGCGUUUGCACAUAUUGUAGACACAUUGCCAAAUGUAUAUUUCUCUGGAUGAGAGCCUUGUGCCAAAUGAGCUUGCAGAAGUUGCUGAGACUUCUCCUAUGACUGUGUUGUGGGCAUGGAAAUCCAGUAUCAUCCCGCAUUAAAACUGCCAUGGUUGGAUCACUGUUGGGAUCCCGUGGUGUCUCCAUUGAUAAGCCCAGGGGCUAUAAUAAUGGCCAUCUAUUUGCAUGGGUCAGCCUCUAGGGGGCACAGUGGAGCCAUGCAUGGGGGUAACCCUUUCUAUUGCAGUUGUGGAUUUUAAAGCUGGUGCCCCGUGUUUGGGUUGCCAUAUGGGGAACUGGAGAAAGAGUAGGAUAUGUCACCCUUUCUGGUUUGGGAGAUGGGGUUGCCAUCUAACUUGCUGACAUCUGCCCCUCCUGUCACCAGCAGGAACACAGGUUCGAGAAGGCGCUGAGAGAGAAGAAAGGGUUCAUCAUAAAACAGAUGAAGGAAGAUGGGGCCUGCUUGUUCCGGGCUGUGGGUAAGUCCUGCCUGCUGACGGGUCUUCCUUUUAGAGAUUGGACAGCAGGCGGCACUAGAGCUGAAACAAAUCCCCGUCCUCAAAAGUUCUCCUCCUGCAAAUGUUAAGAUUGCAUAUUUGCAGAAUAUUGGGUAUGGUAUUUUACACCUGACACCAAAUACCAGUAUUUAGAUUUGAUCAUUGACUUUGCUGUAAUAUUUAGUACUUGUUGACUAAUAUUGGGCUGCCUGCAGUGGGAGGACAAAUCCCAGUGCCCAGUAGGCAUAAGAUGAUCAGGGACCCACUGGCACCUUCAUUGCUGAAGAUGGCAGGAAGCAGAGUGCUCCACCUCCCAAGGAUACUACCAUUCAUUUGACCUGGUUGCUGCUUCCCUUUACACUCCUUUUCCCUGCUUCAUUUUUUCCCCAUCUCAGUUUACGGUAUUUUCAGUCUGAGCAGGAGGUAGUCUACUAGCCAGAGGCAGGAAGUGGAACUGGGACCCAAGAAUGCACCAGUGAAGGCAGAGUUAAUGGUGUCAUUAUAAUAUUUUUUCCUUGCCUGCUCCUUUUUGUGCUGUCUCAUGAGUACUGGGCAAAGAGGAGAAAGGAGCUCUCUUAUCACUGCAUGCAUAGCACAUCAAAGGGUGUUGCCCAUUAGUGAAAAUAAAAAGUAGGGUUGUAGCAAGCUAAGUACAGUCAGAGUUGACCCAUUGGGGAAUCCACUAUUACGCAAGCAGACUUCCACUUACAUAGUGGGGCAUUUCCCCUGAUGUGCCUGCAAAAUCUGUCCCAACCCCUUAGAGCUGAUUUUGUGGGUGAGCAUAGGACCCAGGGCAGGGGGAGUUUGCUGGAAGCUCUUAGCACUAGUGGUUCUGCUUGUGCAUCAACAGCAUUCGAUUCACUCCAUUAAAAUUUAUGGUCUUGAUUAAUUUUACAUCCACUGAUUUCAGUGGGUUUACUCUUGAGUAUGACUUAGUUGGAUGCAACCUGUUGUAAUGGUUAUAAGGUACAAAACUGAAUAUAUUACAGAAGCAGUAGUCCCAGUGCCUUUUGAGUUGAAGCUCGCUCUUUAUCAGCAAAAUAAUAAUAAUAAUAAUUUUGGAAGCAAGUAAGCUGAAAUAGAGUAUCAAAAAUUCACCAGUUAAAGCAACCUUCCCCAAGUUGGUGCCCUCCAGAUGUUUGGAUUGCACCUCCCACCAUCCUUGGGAGUAGGGCUGGGUGAUACCUGGUUUUCAACAUUGUGAUAUAUCACCCGCUAAACAUUGUAAUAUAUCAAUAUAUCACAAUGUUUGAAUUAAGGAUGGAGCUAUGUAGAGGCAUUAGCUGGCUUCAUUGUUUUUCCCACAUUGUGAUUUUUGCGCGCGCACACACACACACACACGAUUUGUGAUAUAUUGCCAGGUCAAAAAUUAUGAAACUGAUACCAUGAUAGAGACUUCAAACUGGUUUGGGACAAUAUAUCGAUAUAUAACCCAGCCCUACUUGACAGUUAGCCACAGCAUCUAGAAGGAACCUGGUUGGGGAAGGCUCAUUUAAAACAUGACCCCUCGGUCUACGUCUCCACUUGAGAGCUUUCCCGUUCCCUCUGAUCUUGCCUAUCUGAUUGUUCUACCUCUCUCUCAAACUCAGUAUGUUCAAAACUAAGCUUCUCAACUUUCUUCCCAGGCUAUCCUCUCAUUGAUUGUUCUUUAUCCCUUGAUCCUGUUGAUUUGGCAAGAAGCAUUAGCUUACUCCAUGUACAUUUGCUACCCCAUAUUCAAUCUGUCAUCCAACCUUAUCAGUUUUGCCGGGGCGGCAUUGUGAAAAUUAUACUUCUCAAUCUCCAUCCUCUUGACUAAAGCUCUAGUUCAUUCUCCGGUCAUCUUCCUUAUUGGCGCUUGCAACUUUCCUCUCUCUGGCCUUCCUGUGUCUUAGCUUAUUCCUCUUGCCUCUGUCCAGAUUUCUGCUGCCAAAAUAAUUCACCACUCUUAUUGGACAAUAUGCUCUUUUCCAUAACCUCUUGUCUCCCACAAUUGCCUGAAGGCCUCCUCCUCCUUUCAGCAAAGCUACUACUAUUCCCUUUUGUUGUUCCUUGUGUCUGGAACACCAUCACAAAAUACCUUCCUCUUGCAGGUCUCUCCUGAAAGUCCACCUUUUCUGUAAAGCAAUUCAUUCAGACCUUUAGAGUGGGAUUCACCUAACGAGCCCCAUCAGCAAAAGCCCUGAACAAGGACUUCUGUUUGUGUAAUGGUGCUUUCCUCCCUCUUCUCCCUCCUCACCCCCUGAAAUUACCUUGUGGGGGUGUCAGGAGUACCCCCAGAACAAUGUGAGUUCAGAGGAGAGAGGAAAUGUUCCAUCUGGCAAGCUGCAAUCCUUGCACAGAUGGAAUGUUUGGAAGAGAGCAUUGAAUUCUACCCUUAAUCCUCACCCCCUUCAGAAACUAACCCUAAGUACAUGCAACUGCAUUAUAUGCCAUAUUUUCCCAUGUAUAAGAUGCCCCCAUAUAUAAGACGACCCCUAUUUUUUUUUAACCCAAAAUUAAGAAAUCAAUAUUUUAAAUGUCAAACAGAACAACUUUGGUAUUUUCUUAAAUAUUCAAAGCACUGGUUUAUUUAGUACAGUGGAACCUCAGGUGGCGAAUGUGAUACGUGCAGGAGGCAUGUUUGCAACCCGCAGCAUUCGCAACCCGCAGUGCUGCGUCUUAGUGCUUCUGCGUGAUUUAGUGCUUCUGCGUGAGCGCCGAAACCCAGAAGUAACCCAUUCCGGUACUUCCAGAUUCGGCGCGGUGCGCAACCCGAAAUGGCGUAACCUGAAGCAUCUGUAACCCAAGGUACCACUGUACCGUAUAUUUAAACAUCGGCGGCGGUCAGGGAAGUUGGGCAAAGUUGUUGAGGUUUUUUUCGGUGAUCACAAGCUUCCCCCCAAUCUGCCACCACCAAGCCUAGGCUGUCUGGGCCACUUGCGUCAGGCCUGAGCCUGAGCCAUCUAUGCCAGAACCUGAGCCCAGGCCGCCCUAACCCCUGUGCGUUAAUCAUCCCUGUAUAAGACGAGCCCCAAUUUUUUUUACUAAAAAAAAUUAGCAUAAACAUUGUCUUAUACACAGAAAAAUACGGUACAUUCUUCUGCUAACAGCUUUGUUCUUGUCAUCUUUCUUGUUGGUCUCUCCAGCCCUCCGCUAGAAAUGUAAACAAUAAGCUCAUCCAGGCAGCAGUGUGUCACAUGUUCUGUGUUGCUCUAUAAUUGGUCAUAUACCCAGAUAGUGUGUUGUUUACAAAAAGGGGAUUAUUGAAUCUCCUAUUCUUAAGACAGAUCUGAAAUGGUUUCUGAAGCAACCCUCUUGGAAUUCAUAGCACAGCUCUUGUAGAAAUUUGAAAUUUCUAUUCUGGGGACUCCUCUUUGGUGGAGAGGAAACACUUCAGUGUCUUCCCCGCAGCUGACAUGCACUUUCGAGAAAUGACGCUGACCCAGCCUCUCUUACAAGAAGUAGACUCCAGAAGACAUUUCCUGCUAGAUAGCAGUGGUGAGGGCUCUGACCACUUUGCAGCUCAUGGAUCUGAGUUUUCUCAGUAAAACCUCAUCUGUACCUAGAAGAGAUUGUGCCUGUCGCCAUGAAUAGCAAGGAGAAAUAUGUCGAGUAAUUGGAGCCCUGCUCCUUACAUUUUUUCAAAAAAUGUAUGGCAUCAUUAGUGUAUUUAUGGUUUAUGGAACAUAAUAAUAAUAUGUUCAUAACCUCUGGAGGGCAUCAUGUUUGGGAAGAAGACUGCUUUAUGGGGAGUGUGAUCCCAAAGCUGGGGAGCAACUAGCAAGAAUAUUUCACUCCAUGCCACCCUCCUAAUUGUAUUGUGUAUGAAGGGGCGCUCCAGCGCAGCCAGCAUAGCUUGUGGGCAGUGAUUGUGGGAGUUGUAGUCCAAAAACAUCUUGAGGGCUGCAGGUUAGCCACCCCCAGGCUAGGAAAUUCAGAUUUAACAGAUGCUGCUGCAACAGGUGCUCAGGAGCACUUGCCAGUUGUCAUGUUCCACACCAGUUGCACCCUUCAGGCAGUUGACAUACGCUUGUAUAUUAUAGCUGUGGUGCUAGAAGGGGGUCAACUGGCCAUUAAUUCAGUGCUGUGCCGCAAAACAGGACCAGGGCACCCAUUCACCCACCUACUCUCUACUAUCAAGCCAUUGGUUUGGUUUGCAUUGGCCAGUGUUGCCUACUCUGUCAAUCAGCUCCCAGAGUCUCAAGCUGAGGUCUUCCUGCUACCUGACUUCCUUUAUACCGUAUUUUUCGUCCCAUAGGACGCUCCGUUCCAUAGGACGCACCUAGUUUUUUUGGGGGGGGGAAUAAAGGAAAAAUAAAGGAACUCCCUCAGGGCUGCCUAGGCUGCGGAUGUCUUCCUGAAGCCUGGAGAGCGAGAGGGUUCGGUGCGCACCGACCCCUCUCGCUCUCCAAGCUUCAGCGAAAGCCUGCAUUCGCCCCAUAGGACGCACCCAGAUUUCCCCUUCAUUUUUGGAGGGGAAAAAGUGCGUCCUAUAGGGCGAAAAAUACGGUAAUUGGAGAUGCCACAGGUCGAACCUGGAACCUUUCCAUUCAGAGCAUGCACUCUGCGCUAGUGUUAUGGAUUAUCCCCCAAAAGAGACAGGCUGCAAAACAAAAAACCCAAACAACUCCAGGUGAUUUGUGCAAGUAAGCCAAGCUGGGUAUUGCAAAAGAAGGGUCAACAUCCCCCCCCCCCAGCUAUUACCAGUGUGACGGGGAGGGGAAGCUAAUUCCUACUUGGUCUUAAGGGAAGUCAUACUUCAAACAUUAAUAAUACCCAUUUACUGGGUGCGCUGUGGAUACUAUAGCACUACUUCAUUCCCUAUAAGUUUGUCCUACUGUGCUAGGGGAUGUGGGUGGCACUGUGGUCUAAACCACUGAGCUCUUGAGCUCGCCGAUCGUAAGGUUGGCAGCUAAAAUCUGUGCAACGGGGUGAGCUCCUGUUGCUCUAUUCCAGCACCUGCUAACCUAGCAGUCUGAAAGCAUACCAGUGCGAGUAGAUAAGUAGGUACUGCUGUGUCGGGAAGGUAAACAGUGUUUAUGUGCACUGUGGCUCACAGUGCUCCAGAAGUGGUUUAGUCAUGCUGGCCACAUGACCCGGAAAAGCCGCCUGCGGACAAACGCCGACUCCCUCGGCCAGAAAGUGGAGAUGAGCGCCACACCCAGUAUUUGAAUUUGACUGGACUUAACCAUCCAGGGGUCCUUUCCCUUUUUACGCACUAUGCUACUGUAAUGUGUAAAACAGGAAUGAAAAGCCUAUGGCCCUCCAGAUCUUGUGGGACUCCCAACUCCCAUUGUCACCAGCUGACAAGGUCCGUGGUUAGGAAUGAUGGCAAAAGGGUGCACUGUCCAAACCUCCAUCUUCUCUACAAUUCUAGACCCAAACAAAAAACAUCCAGGACCGGUUGUACAGGUCACGACCACAUAUUCAUUACCCAGCCAGCACUGGAGAACACAGUGGGAACAUUAAGGUCCUGUGUAAUGGACCCCUCCCACAUUGACUACAGCACUGCAGAUGAACUUGUGAAACCUCCUCUGCUAUUCACAUGAGGUCUAAAGGGAGCUUGAGUCAUCUUGAAACUGAUGCAUUUAAAAAAAAAAAAAUGUAUUCUGUUGAUUUUCAAAUUGAAACCGAAGCAUUCUUAACAUUUGUGAAGGUGGAAGCAAAGACAUUUCAAGAAACAAAAAGGGUCAUAACUGCCCAUCUCACAAUGAAGUAGGGAAUCCAUAUGGGAAAGAUUUGCAUCCAAAAAGUAUUCCUAGGGAGCUUGCUGAUUAGGGGCUGGAUUGAACUUUGAGAGAACCCCCAGAACCGCAUGAAGGUCUCCACCUUUCAUCAGGCAAGCAUAAAUCCUUGUACUGACAGAGCAGUCUCCUUAGCACUACUUUGAAUUCUUCCCUUACAAAUCUUCCUGUUACAGAUAAAAUAGUUUACAUUUGUGCAUUCAGGUUUUCAGUUGCUGCUGCUGUUUUGUAAAUUAAAACUUACGGAUGUUUGCAGUUCUUCCCUUCACAAUGUCUUCCUGCACCUUAAGUGGGAUGUGGUGUCUCAGCACAGCCGUUCUGGUGGAAAUAUAAAGCAUCUUUUCCUCCAGAAACAGCUAAACUUGCAGUAAAUUAUUAUCUUUGGACCAAAAGUUUGGGAGUCCAGAAAGCCAUCCAAGUUUGGUCACUGAAGUAAAUCAUGCUAUUGUGGGUAUUGUUGCUGAAUAUGCCUGGAUUGUUCUGGUAUCUCUUGUGCUGCCUGUAUAGCCUUUAGAGGGGAUGAAGGUUUGGACAGCACAUCUCUUCCAUACCCCACCACACUUGUGCUUUCAUGGCAAGUAGCUUUUGAAAAAGGCAGGAGUUUUAAAAGAAGCUUGUGAAUGGAACAUGAGGGAUUAGGGAAUUGUCAGCAAUAGCACAGACCAUUUUGUGUGAGCCUAAGGAGCUCUAACUUUUAAACUCCUUUUAAACUAUUUGUUUCUACUUCAGACUUUCUUCUAAUUUUCUUGCAGGAUUUGCUUUCUAAGUAGGUAGUUAUGCUCAGCUAUGCCCUGCAGGGGUCAGCAUAAGUUUUGCAGUUUACCUUCCACCUCCAGCUGCCGAUGGAGAUAAGACACCCCAUUUCUUUGGCACAGAAACCUUGUGUUAACACACCCUGCUUUACUGACUCAGCAGGCCACAGCUCUUGGAGAAAACAUGACUCUGCAAAUUGUCCUGUGACACAGCAUUUUUAAGAGAAGUAGAGCUGUGUGAUAAAUGGCCUGGAGCUGGCUUGAAGUCCACUGACUUUUGACAGUAUUGUAUGUGUGCAAGGAGUGAGUGUUGGUGGUGGGAGAGCUGUGCAAAAUAAUGUGGUAUAAUGACAAAAAGAAUGUGUACACACCCAUAAAUCCCUAGCAUCCACUUUAAAGGUGUAAAUGAGCUUGGUGUUUGCCAUGAUUCAUCACACUAAGUUUGCAGUGAAGCCAGUGGGGUUUUGCUGCAGUUGAUUUAGCAGUAUCCAUAGAAUCACAGCGCCGGAAUAGAUCUGAAAGUAAUCAAGUCCGAUGUCUUCACCAAAGCAGAUUCAUCCAUGUGUGCCAAUACUGCUGCAUAUUGCUUCCCAUCCCAUCUGCCACAUGUUUUAAAUUGUUUUUAAUGCUGUAUUUUAGAUUUUUGUAACCUGCCCUGGAGCCUUCUGGUAAAGGACAGGUAAUAAAUAUGAUGGUGAUUAUUAUUUACACACAACCCCAUCACAUCUGGAUGAAGCAGAGCCUAUGCCAGAACAUUGAACAUCAUAAAAGCCUUGGUACAUCAUACUGAAGGCCCCUCUAAUCCAGCAUGCUGUUAUCACAGUGACCAACAAGAUGCCGCUGGAAAGUUUACAAACCAGACAUGAGCAAAAUAAGACCCCUUUGGCUUGUGCUGUUCAGCAACCUUCAAGUACCUUCUCAAUAAGGACAUGGGAAUGUUGGUAUAUCAAGAAAGUAAUUUAUUUUUCUUCCUUCUUCACACAAUUCAUAAUUUUACAAAGCCUUUGUCAUUGACUUUUGUAAACUUAAAUAACUCUUAAGCCUUUCUUCAUAGGAAAGUUUUGCCACCCACCGCCUUUCACUCAGUGAUUUUAAUUGUCAUCUUCUGUAACCUCUGUGGCCUAGUGAUGCCUUGUAAGUGGUGUAACCAGAGGAUUGCAGUGUGUCAAAUGAGAGCAUAUAAUAGGAUUAAUUUUUUUAUAAUAACUUGGCACUUGUUGUUUAACCUUCCCAUCUUUUUUGUAAUAAUUUUCAAUAGUAAUCUUCCUGUUUCAUUGAUCUUACAUACAGUGCUAAUGUUAAGCAAGUUUUCCACCAUGACCCGAAUUUUUUCCUGGAUAGUCACAGCAUCAUAAUGAUAAAUCGUUCAGAUCCCAAACAUGGGGAGUUGUUGCACUCUGGCCAUAAACCAAUUUAGGAUGGGGGGCAGGGUGUGUGAGGGACCUGCCAUCUACUUUUCUUACUAAAAAAGAUAAGGCUUUCUCCCACCUGAUCAUGUGCGAGUAGUUCUCUCUUUCUUCAACCAUUCUUGCUGUCCUUCUUUCUACUUGGUCUGAUUUGAAUGAAUGAAUGAAUGAAUUUGUGAGUCAAAGUGACCAAUACUGGAUGCUAUUGCAAAAUCCAGUGUGUUGCAUAAACUAUAAUUAAAUAUUACCUUAUAUUUACCAGGGAAACUUUGCCUAGUGUACCUGAGAAUUGUGUUUGCUGUUAUAUGCAGCUCUUCCUUGUCUUGUGAAUUACAAAGGUCCUGUAAUAUCUGUCUUCCUCCUUUUUUUGUCCCCAGACAAAAUACUUGCCCUUAGUCCCUUGAGUGUGUCGCCUUGCACUUGGUCCUACUGAACUUUGUUUCCUUAUUUGUAGUGCUUGAGGUCAUCCUGUUCAUUCUACAUAAUUUCCAAAUCUGUAUUUGCAUCAGUAAUGCUUCCUUGUUUACCUCUUCUUGUUUCUGAAGGUUACUACGAAAUACUGAAUAAAGAAUGGUCUGCUUUGCAUGUAAUUCUGAGCUUAAAUUAUUACUUAGUGUGGAUGAGCAAAUAUGAUGGUGCACAGUGAGAAAAGCAUUGCCACUUCACGUCUCCACUGCUCCUUCUGUGCUACUAUGAACUAAGCCAUGGCUUCGAUUUGGUAUUGCCUCAGAACCUGGGCUCAUGGGUUGCCUCAUUCCAAACAAGCUAUGGGUGGGAUUCAUCUAAGUUGUUGCAUGCACAGAACAAUAUCUGCCUGAGCAAUGGGACUUCUUCCCCAUACAGUGGUACCUCUGGAUGUGAACGGGAUCCGUUCCAGAGCCCCGUUCGUAUCCUGAAGUGAACGCAACCCGUGUCUGCGCAGGUCGCGAUUCGCCGCUUCCACGCAUGCGCGUGACAUCAUUUUGACCGUCUGCGCAUGCGUGAUCAGCGAAACCCGGAAAUAACGCACUCCGUUACUUCUGGGUCCCCGCAGCGCACAACCGGAAAUACUCUUCCCGAGGCUACUUCAACCCGAGGUAUGACUGUACCCCCUAAAACUAUUCAGUGUGUUUGGUAGACCUCCUAGAACAGGUUUAGGGGGCAUGGAGGAGGAUAGGAGGGAAAUCUAAUAGUGCAAGUGGACCUCAUUCUCUCCAAACAUGCCCCAUGAGCUGAAGCCCAGGUUUGUUCCUGUCUUACUGUCCUAGUGGUUUGGGAAAGAUAAGCCAUACACCCAUUUUUGGACUGUGGCUUGGCUCCUGGUAACUCAGAGGAAGAGCCAGGUGGUUGUGAUUUUCUCACUGUGUACCAGUACAUUCACACAGUCACUCGUUCACAUUAAGCUUAGCACUAGGCAGCUAUGCUCCACUUUACAAGUUUCACCUUGGGGAUGAAAAUCCAUGCUGACUUGUUGGGCUUGACUGUAUUGCACCAAUACAGUUUGCACAAAGAUGGCACCCUGUACCCUGUAACUGUAUGGAGAUAGCUAUAUUUUUGGUCCUGCAGUUCUGUCAGUGGAUCAUGCGAGGAUGAAAUGUAAUAUAUUGGAUGAGACUUCAGCCUGCAAAGAACCUGCAAUUUUCAUUUAUUUAUUUAUUUGUAAGGAAGUUUUUUGUGUCUUGUGUAGUACCUCAGCCCACAAAAUUAGUAUUGUAAACUCCACAAAAAAAUAGUACAGUGGUACUUCGGGUUACAGAUGCUUCAGGUUACAGACUCCGCUAACCCAGAAAUAGUACCUUGGGUUAAGAACUUUACUUCAGGAUGAGAACAAAAAUUGCACGGCGGCGGCAGCGGGAGGCCCCAUUAGCUAACGUGGUACCUCAGGUUAAGAAUGGACCUCCAGAACGAAUUAAGUUCUUAACCCGAGGUACCACUGUAUUGUAUUGGACUCCACAUAAUUAGUAUUGUAAAACAACAGCCUUUCAUGGCCCCUGUCCCACCUUAGUAUGGUGUGCGGUUCGAUCUUCACAGUGCUAAGGACAGGAGGGUUCAGAAUUCUCAGAAGCCUCUGAGUCCAUUGUGUUUUCUGCCCCCACCAGAUAAGUGUUGUAUGUUUUGUGUUACUAGUCACUAUAUCUUGGAGUCUGUACUCUUGCCAAUGCCCAUACUCUCAGUUCUGGUUCCCCUCAACUUUGCUUUUCCCUCACUCUUGGCCCUCCCCACUGUGUCCCAUGUAAUUCUACUUUGUAUGUGUUAGGAAUUAACCUGGAUGUGGAGUUUAGGACUUCGUUCUGAGAAAACGCUGGUGGAUAGCUUAGGUCAGUGUGUUUGCUACUUCUCCCCUUUCUUAUCUGUCCACUCUGCUCAUCUGGGCAGGGCCUGUUUACUCCUCAUGUGCUCUGUACUGUUCAUGUUCAACGUAUCAUCAGCAUACACUAACAAAGAUUCUGGAUUCUGACGCAGUAGUUGGCUUUCUGAGAAUCUUGGGACUCAGCUACAUUCGUAAAGAUAAAGCGCUUGAUUUGCAUUAUAACACUGACACCAGAUGGCACUGUGGAGUCCCAUUUAUCACCAAUGGGAUUUCCCUGUAUGAAGUUGACAACACAUUUAACUGAGUUGCUUCUCUGAUCUGUCUAGAUCGGGCCUUGGUUUUAUUUUCUAGCAUGCUUCGUCUUUAGGCAUUCAGCAAAAUCUUGGAAUAUGUACUUACCAGUGUCUGCUUGAAAACAUGGCAACCCAAAUGGGUUUUUGACACUGCUUCAGAACUGGGGACUUCUGUGCUCCUAUGAUCAUUUUGCACAUCAUAUUUUUUUGAGGUGUACAUCUGUAUGUCUUGUGAAACUUCUGAUUUAGAAGCAGAAUCAAAAUAUAAGGAUAAAUGAAAUGCAAAUCUGUACAUGUCUACCUGAGCACAAUGAGACAGACUCUUCUCAUGUGAGAGUGCAGAGGAUUGUACCCUAAGUUGUUUUAAGUGUACUCUUUAGAGUAUGACGAUCACAGUGGCAUGGCUGAAAACAAUUUAUCAUACCAGCACUAUCACUGGGGAGUCAUGAUGGGCUGCAGUUCAUUGUCCUUGUGUAUUUAUUGCACACACACAUAUAUACAGUGCUUUUUAAGGAAGAUAAGGUGCCAGUACUCACAUACAUAGAGUUGUUACAGUAAGUGCCACACUUGUAAUAUUUGUGGGACAAAAGGUGCCAAUAGUGAGUACCCCUGAGUUCCCCCAGAAAAAAACUCUGUGCGUGCACACACACAAACACACAAAAUACUGAGUAGUUUAUAAAUGUUCUUUUAAAAAAUCAUUCAGUUUUGGCUCCAUUCAGUGUGUGGAAUGGUCCCAAGAUGGAUCCCUGAGCCCUAUACUUCCUACAAUCUCUUCUCAAUCUUAUUUAUUUUAUAAAGCAAAUAAUAUCCUGCUUAAACAGUCCUCAGAGCAUCUCACAAUAUAACAACAGAGGAUUCUACAUUUGGCAAUCAGGUCUCCCGUAGGAUGGACAGUUGGAAAGCCAGCACCACCAGUGUUAUGCUAGAGGUAUUCUUGAUGCUCCAACAGGAAACAAGUAACAGGAUGGGACAUGCCGUCAUAUUCUUGCAUCCAUCCAUUGCUGCGGUACAAAGUGUUCUCAUUUAACUUGACUGUUUCCAUUGACAGUUUUGCCGUCACUUCCACCCUUCUCUUGCGCUCGUCUUUUUUUCCUGUCGAAAAGGAACAUCCAACCAGAGGCAAAGUCUUCACAACAGGCUCUGUGGUUUCUCUUGUCCUUUCUUUGGAAAUGAGAUUAAAUGAAAAGAGGAAGUUGAUGUGCUGGCAUAGAACCGAGAGCUGGGGAGAUCUAGGUUCGAGUGUGAUUUAAGAGAGUGAUCUCUGAAGCCUCACCCCUGUUGUGGAUUCACUAUGGCCAUUUAUUUAGGGUAUUUCUAUGCCACUUUUCAAGCAGACCCCCUCAAAGCGGUUUUCAUAAGAUUACACCAGUAAGCUUUGGGUGGUAUGCCAUGCUCGCCCUAUUCACUGAAGUUAAUGGACACAAGUUCAUUGAUUUCAGUAGGUCUACUCUAAGUAGGACUUGGCUGACUACAACUCAUUGGUUUUUUGGUUAUUUUAAGUUGCAAUAAAAUGGGGGGAAACGUAAUGUUUCUUUAGACAAAGCUGUAAUCAUAAGAUGGUUCUAUAGAAGCCCUGGGGUGAGAGAGGAGGGAGGCGAGUCCCACUGGGAGGUGAACAGCAGGCCAUUUCCUUCCCUUCUACAGUGGUACCUUGGGUUACAUACGCUUCAGGUUACAGACUCCGCUAACCCAGAAAUAGUACCUCAGGAACUUUGCUUCAGGAUGAGAACAAAAAUCGUGCAGCGGCGGCGCAGCAGCAGCAGCGGGAGGCCUCAUUAGCUAAAGUGGUGCUUCCGGUUAAGAACAGUUUCAGGUUAAGAAUGGACCUCUGGAACGAAUUAAGUACAAUGGUACCUUGGGUUAAGUACUUAAUUCAUUCUGGAAGUCUGUUCUUAACCUGAAACUGUUCUUAACCUGAAGACCACUUAAGCUAAUGGGGCCUCCUGCUGCCGCCACACCACCGGAGCACGAUUUCUGUUCUCGUCCUGAAGCAAAGUUCUUAACCCGAGGUACUAUUUCUGGGUUGGCGGAGUCUGUAACCUGAAGCGUAUGUAACCCGAGGUACCACUGUACUCCCCUCAAAGCAGGAUGGCCCUCCCAGAAGGAGGGACCACCACUGACAGCUGAAGGGUAGCAGCUCUCCAAGCUGUUUCUCUUCUACUCUCCUAAUGGCAAGGUGGUCCUUCAGAUUGUUGACACUGUUGAGGGAGAUCAUGUAAUGCUCCUGUGUCUGUUCCAGGCACACAAGAGACUUCUGCUUGCCGAAUGAAACUCUUCCCUCCUCAGUCAGCCCUAGAGGGUUGGGGGACCCUUCAGUUUUUUGUGGGUGCACAGGAGAGGGAGGAGAAGUCCUGUUGCACGAAUAGAGUUCCACUGGCAGAGCAAACCCUUUGUGUUUGUGGCACAGUAACAAAAUUGUGGUGGUUCCUUAGACACACCUCCCCUCACCCAACCUCCAGUCUAUGUAAUAUGGGAGCAGUAAGUGUCUUUAUCUCACAGGACUGCUGUGGGGUUUACCGAGGUAAAGUAUGACGAGCCAUCAUAUUAAAUGCGUGGAACAUGUUUAGUAGCUUGUCUGAAACAAGUGAUGGGGUACACCGAGGGCAGGAAACUUACUCUGGACUUUAAGAAAAUGUUUAAAGCCAAGGAACUGUUUCAGGAUAAGACUAUCAGUGGCUACUAGUCAUGAUGGCCAUAUUCUGCCUCCAGGUUCAGACUGGGGAACAACAGCAGGAGAGGAGAACUAUUUGCCCUCCUGUCCUGCUUGUAGAUUUCCCAGAGACAUCUGGCAGACCACUGUGAAAAAUGGAAUUCUAAACUCUAUAGGCUCUCUUUCAGUGAAUCUGCACAAUCUCUCAUACUUGGUUGCCAUGAGUGGGUGAUGCCAGGCUCUGCUAGCAAGCUUUCCUUGUCCUGUUACUGCCUUUGUCUGUUUCUCCAUUAUAUGCUGCCUAGCAUGUAUCCCGACCCAUCUUCCUUGUGUUUGUGGGGUUUAUGCAAGGAACAGAGGAGCUGUAAGGUUACUGCUUGGGCUUGGCCAAAUUUAUGCUGUCAAAACAGAUGAGGUAUGUAUUAGUUACAUAUUCCUCAUGGGGGUUUUUUCCCCAAGCAAAAAUGCAAGCCAACAUUGCCAGUUGUACCCAAAACCAUAACUCAGCUGCUUAGUCAAUUCAACGGUCUGCACAACUUUAAAAGGUUGAUUCCAGAGCAUGGGAUCAACUUGUAUGUGUGCUUUGGAGUUGGUUUGUUGUUGUUGUUACUUAUUACAUUUGCUAUUGGCUUUAUCUUGUCCAACCCAAAGUGACUUACACUGCUGAGCUCAGAGGUUCAAGCUGCACAGCACUAGCUGUAAAUAAUGAUAGUCAAAGUAGCACCAACACCUCACUGUUAGUAAAAGCUCACCUGUAUCUUUACCCAAAUUCUUGUAGUGGGGCAGAAGGCCACCUGUUCACAUUACGCCGUGCCCAUUGGGGAGUGUGAUUGCCCCCCAGUCUUAGUUGCAACUUAGCCCAUUGCCUACUAGAAUGUUCUGCCCCACCCUUCCAGAGUUGCUCAGGGUGACUAACAGCAGGUUCAUUUAAACAGGUAGAAUUACUUAGAGAUAGUUUUUUUUAAUAUUAAAGGGUUUAUAAAUGCUUUUAUAAAUGUCCUUUAUAAGAGGCUAAUGCCAUUUUGCAGUUGAGCGUGGGAAAUACCACUGGGAAUUCCACUUUCAAAGAACUGGGUUUUUUAAAAAGUUACCUACAGUUUCAGUUUCUAUCAAAAUAUGUGCAGGUUUCCCCCUACUGUUCUUCAGUGUGGCACCAUUCUAAUGUUUCGUGACUGGGUCUGAGGACCUCCGUACUCGAUUGGGUGACUCACUUUGUUUUUCAAAAGGAGAGAGAGUCUCAAGAAGGUGUUAGUUUCUAAAUGCUGGGGGAAAACAGUUGUAAGGUGAAAGCUGGUAGGGAAAUGAGGGGGAAGGAGGAUAGCUGUAGCUGCUCAGCCCAACUCAUGCAUGACACUGCUCUACUGAAGAUCUCAACAAAACCCUUGUCACUUUAAAACUUGCUGCCUGGGGCUGGUAGUCAACCACAUUUUUACUCAGAGUAGACCGAAUAAAUUAAUAAACAUGGCUGAGUUAGGUCCAUUAAUUUUAGUAGGUUUAAAAAGGUAAAGGGACCCCUGACCAUUAGGUCCAGUCAUGACCGACUCUGGGGUUGCAGCGCUCAUCUCGCUUUAUUGGCCAGGGGAGCCGGCGUACAGCUUCCGGGCCAUGUGGCCAGCAUAACUAAGCCGCUUCUGGCGAACCAGAGCAGCACACAGAAACGCCGUUUACCUUCCCGCCGGAGUGGUACCUAUUUAUCUACUUGCACUUUGACGUGCUUUUGAACUGUUAAGUUGGCAAGAGUUCAGUAGGUUUACUCUGAGUAAAACUAUUGGCUAUAACUCAACAUGCACACCCCAUUUCCCACCCCAUCUUCUGUGAUGGAUUGGAGUCUUCCAGAGCAUGGAACUACUUUUAUUUCACAUACAUAACGACCUCUGGCCUCUUGUCCUGGAAAUGGGCCUGAAACCAUUACAGUAGCGGAAGAGAUCAUGGGCACAAUCUAUGAUUUUCCUUUGAUUUCGUUUUUCAAAGGCUGCUCUUCAGUUUCCUUGUCAUGAUUCGGUUUCGUUUACUCUCUCUGGAAUGGGCCUUUCUCCUCAGCUGUAGGAGGAACAGAAACACGGCUUUGCUUAAGAAUACACACGAACAAAGGAAAACAUGCAACAGGAGCUGCCAGAACUGGUGGGUGGAGCAGGGUGCAAGUGGAAAGCAUGAUGGAUUUUUUUUUAAUCAAUGACUUUUUGACAAAAACAGGAAAUCCUUACUGCUGAGUAUUAACUUCUGACAAACUCCUUGCAACUCAGGUUUUCAGUGUAAGAUACGUGUGGAACUCUCAGACUUCUGCAUUUGUCCAACUUGGUGGGUUUUUAGCACAGAAUUCAAGAGCCAGGAUGCAAAGAAGUGUGCAGUGAGUUCUAUGUGUCCAAGGCAGUUUAAAUUUGUGUUUUUCGAAACAAAGCGAAACCUCCCCCUCUGCAAUAAGGCAAACCACUUUUGAAAUGUGUUGGGUCUCUGAGAAGCAGAUUGUGGUAUAUAGCAUGGGAGUUAGCUGACCGAAGAAAAAUGUGUAACAAAAAAUCCCAUUGGGCAUUACCAAGGUCUUUGAGUCUUAGGCCAUGUAUAAUGCAAGGGGUUAGGAGAAGGAAGAUUCCUGUGGGUCAUGGGCUCAUAAUUGUUAAGUUUUAAGGGCAUAUCUUUUGUACCAGCCUCCAUCUGGGGGACCUGGUAAAAAAACCAAGGUAGAACCUGCAAGUCUGAAGUCUGCUUAGCUUUGAGUAGCAUCCAGGAUCCAAGAAGCUCCGUGUUUUGGUGCUAAAACUUUGAAAGAGGGGUGAUUGGAUUUGAAAUGGUGAUGAAGCUGUUUUGUAGAGCAUGUCCACCCUUACUGAUCUUCUCACUGCUUAUAUGCUUCCAAGGAAUCCAGGGUUCCUUGGAACAAGUUUUGAAAACCACUGCGCUAGGCAAACUGGCAGAAAUCUGCUGGAUUGGACGUCAUUCUUAGCUGGGUGUUGCAAAAUUUGUAACCUUGAAAUCAGACAAAAAAACAAGGGGGGGAUAGGUCUGUAAAGGUUGUGGGAGGAGGAAAGGCAAUUGCGAAAUUCUGCUGUGUGAAAAAGAUACAAAAUGUGGUUAACGCUUAUGUUGUCUUUCUAUACACUUUCACGGAAAUGGUCAGCGUAUUUUCUAUAAAUUCUGCCACUAGCUGUCCUCAUUCUAUCGUAACAUUGCUAUAUCAAAUCGCAGAAGCUCAGAGCUAAAGAAAAAGGGGAUGCCUACAUAGAAAUGAGGGACGCGGGUGGCGCUGUGGGUAAAAGCCUCAGCGCCUAGGACUUGCUGAUCGAAAGGUUGGCGGUUCGAAUCCCCGCGGCGGGGUGCGCUCCCGUCACUCGGUCCCAGCGCCUGCCAACCUAGCAGUUCGAAAGCACCCCCGGGUGCAAGUAGAUAAUAGGGACCGCUUACUAGUGGGAAGGUAAACGGCGUUCCGUGUGCUGCGCUGGCUCACCAGAUGCAGCUUGUCACGCUGGCCACAUGACCCGGAAGUGUCUGCGGACAGCGCUGGCUCCCAGCCUAUAGAGUGAGAUGAGCGCACAACCCUAGAGUCUGUCAAGACUGGCCCGUAUGGGCAGGGGUACCUUUACUUUACCUUACAUAGAAAUGCAGAAAUGGAAGAGACCGUGAGGCUUGUCUAGUCCAGCCCCUUACAAUAUACUACCUUAGGGAGACUUAUUAAAAAGCAUUGUUGCUGUUUUGAGGUGAAUACAGAUGGAGGUGGUGGCUGCUUCCCCCAGCCAUGGAUACAUACUGCCACAGGGGUUGCCAUUGGCAACCUUUUUGGGCCUCCUUGCUCACAUAAAGAAGCUCUUUGCACUUCUCUUCUUGUUCAGAACAGAAUGGAGGGCAGGUACCCAGUCCUGGCAUCCAACGAAAUGUGGGCAUGUUAAAGGGGACUUGUUCAGUACAGUGGUACCUCGGGUUACAUACGCUUCAGGUUACAUAUGCUUCAGGUUACAGAACCAGAAAUAGUACCUCAGAUUAAGAACUUUGCUUCAGGAUGAGAACAGAAAUCGUGCCCUGGCGGCACGGCAGCAGCAGGAGGCCCCAUUAGCUAAAGUGGUUCUUCAGGUUAAGAACAGUUUCAGGUUAAGAACGGACCUCCGGAAUGAAUUGAGUACUUAACCUGAGGUACCACUGUAUAAGAGAAGCCGAACCAGUCCAAACAGAAGGGCAAACAGUCACUUGUUCAUUGUGAAUUUUUGAGGGUGCAUUUACUGAGUCCUUUUGCAGGUGUCCUACUGAUGGGCAGGGCACACUGGCACUGCAUUAACAACCACCACACCAGAGGAUAUGUUAUGAAAAGGCAUGAGUUGGACUUGUGGGGGUGGCAUCUUCUUAUUUUUACAUUUUACAUAUUACAUCCAUUCAUAUCUUAGCUUAGUUUUAUAUAGACUUCCCAGCUUAUCUUCUGUUGGCAUCCUAUUUCAUAUUCUUAGUUUGCUAAAUCUCCUAAUGUUUCUUCUCCCCUUUAUUAUCUCCCUUUCCCAUUCCUUUGUCUUGUCUACUGCUGCUCAUAGACUUAUCCCACUUGCCAUUUAACCUUAAUACCACUCUUUUUAAAAGUAUUCUUCAAAAUGCUCCGACUCGCCUCUUGUUUUCUUUUCAUCAUAAUUUCUUACUUUGUGUGGGUGGUAUCUUCUGGCUCUUGUAGAUGUCAGAAGUGGUUUGCUCCCAACAUUGUUGCAGGUAUGCCCAAAGCGUUUACUAGGCUACUGUAAGAGUGUUGGGUCUGAUAAAGGGGUUGAGUGUUGGUUUUGGUAGUGGGUUGGGGGAAAACGAAGAACUAAUUAAGAUUAUGAUAGGUAGGUAAGGUAAAGGACCCCUGGACAGUUAAGUCCAGUCAAAGGCGACUAUGGGAUUCGGUACUCAUCUCACUUUCAGGCCGAGGGAACCAGCGUUUGUCCACAAACAGCUUUUCCAGGUCGUGUGGCCAGCAUGACUAAACUGCUUCUGGUGCAGCGGGACACCGUGAUGGAAGUCAGAGUGCAUGGAAAUGCUGUUUACCUUCCCACUGCAGUGGUAACUAUUUAUCUACUUGCACUGGUGUGCUUUCGAACUGCUAGGUUGGCAGGAGCUGGGACAGAGCAACAGGAGCUCACCCUAUAGUGCAGAUUUGAACCGCCGACCCUCUGAUUGGCAAGCCCAGGAGGCUCAGUGGUUUAGACGCAGGUGGUCUCCAGGGCCAGAUGAACUGCAUCCAAGAGUAUUAAAAGAACUGGCAGAUGUGAUCUCAGAACCACUGGCAGUCAUCUUUGAGAAUUCCUGGAGAACAGGCGAAGUCCCGGCAGACUGGAGGAGGGCAAAUGUUGUCCCUAUUUUCAAAAAGGGGAAAAGAGAGGACCCAAAUAAUUACCGCCCAGUCAGUCUGACAUCAAUACCAGCGAAGAUUCUGGAGCAGAUCAUUAAGCAAACAGUCUGUGAGCACCUAGAAAGGAAUGCUGUGAUCACCAAUAGUCAGCAUGGAUUUCUGAAAAAUAAGUCAUGUCAGACUAACCUGAUCUCGUUUUUGACAGAAUUACAAGCCUGGUAGAUGAAGGGAACACAGUGGAUGUAGCCUACCUUGAUUUCAGCAAGGCAUUUGACAAGGUGCCCCAUGAUAUUCUUGUAAAGAAGCUGGUAAAAUGCGGUCUUGACUAUGCUACCACUCAGUGGAUUUGUAACUGGCUGACUGACCGAACCCAAAGGGUGCUCAUCAAUGGUUCCUCUUCAUCCUGGAGAAGAGUGACUAGUGGGUGCCACAGGGUUCUGUCUUGGGCCCGGUCUUAUUCAACAUCUUUAUCAACGACUUGGAUGAUGGACUCAAGGGCAUCCUGAUCAAAUUUGCAGAUGACACCAAACUGGGAGGGGUGGCUAACACCCCAAAGGACAGGAUCACACUUCAAAAUGACCUUGACAGAUUAGAGAACUGGGCCAAAACAAACAAGAUGAAUUUUAACAGGGAGAAAUGUAAAGUAUUGCACUUGGGCAAAAAAAAUGAGAGGCACAAAUACAAGAUGGGGACACCUGGCUUGAGAGCAGUACAUGUGAAAAGGAUCUAGGAGUCUUGGUUGACCACAAACUUGACAUGAGCCAACAGUGUGACGCAGCAGCUAAAAAAGCCAAUGCAAUUCUGGGCUGCAUCAAUAGGAGUAUAGCAUCUAGAUCAAGGGAAGUAAUAGUGCCACUGUAUUCUGCUCUGGUCAGACCUCACCUGGAGUACUGUGUCCAGUUCUGGGCACCACAGUUCAAGAAGGACACUGACAAACUGGAACGUGUCCAGAGGAGGGCAACCAAAAUGGUCAAAGGCCUGGAAACGAUGCCUUAUGAGGAACGGCUCAGGGAGCUGGGCAUGUUUAGCCUGGAGAAGAGGAGGUCAAGGGGUGAUAUGAUAGCCAUGUUCAAAUAUAUAAAAGGAUGUCACAUAGAGGAGGGAGAAAGGUUGUUUUCUGCUGCUCCAGAGAAGCGGACACGGAGCAAUGGAUCCAAACUACAAGAAAGAAGAUUCCACCUAAACAUUAGGAAGAACUUCCUGACAGUAAGAGCUGUUCGACAGUGGAAUUUGCUGCCAAGGAGUGUGGUGGAGUCUCCUUCUUUGGAGGUCUUUAAGCAGAGGCUUGACAACCAUAUGUCAGGAGUGCUCUGAUGGUGUUUCCUGCUUGGCAGGGGGUUGGACUCGAUGGCCCUUGUGGUCUCUUCCAACUCUAUGAUUCUAUGGCGCUGUGGUGUGAUAGGUAUGGAAGCAUGACUGGACAGUUCAGUCAAAGCCUGUAGCACUUUUGCCAUUGCAAAGUUCCUUCCGCAAUUAUAGAGUUUUCACCAGGGUUUGUGUGUGUGCAACAAAGAUGCUUUAUAUGGAGUGAGCCCCUUAUCUAGCCUAGAACUGUGUCUUUGUUGCCAGGGGCAAAGACUCUGCUUCCUGAGUCCCUUUGACUGGAGAUACGUGAAUGUGUGAAGAACUUGACCAUCUGACUUGGGGGUUUGGCAGGGGCUUGGAUAAACAGAAAUAUCUGGAAAAGUGCAACUUUGUCCUUGAAGUAGUUUUUGAAAAUCAUUCAGAGAGAGCUGGAUUUUCAGGAAAGGAAUGAUUGCAGCCAGUUGCUGCAGUAAUCUGUCCUGCGUUUCUCCACCAGCCCAUCUAUGUGCCAAACUGCAGACACACAGCCUUUACCUACCGCUUUCCCUUUUUUUCUUUUUUUUCUUUUUCUCAUUUGGUUUGGUUUGGUUUUUGGCCAUCUCCAUCUUGUUAACAAUCCAGUAGCAACCUUGGCUUGGAUUGCCUCAUUCCUUUAUUGUGACUAUUCCAGACCAGUUCCUCUCUUUUCUAAUUCUGAUAGGCACCCCCUACUCCACUGCAAUGCGCAUUGUUUUGAAAUGUUUUAUAGUUACAGGUUAUUCCUAACCUGUAGUGGCUUCCUUUUUGUCCAGGCAUAUAUUUAUUCAUUAAGUGUUUAUCUAUUAAAUCCACCUUUUACCAGGAAGGUCCCAGGAAGGUAUAUAUAUAGUAACAACACUGCACUAAGAAGAAUAUCACAUAGACAUUAAUCAUUUAAAAAAAUCUCAAACAGUAAAGCUACCAAGUAGCAGCAGCAAAAAUACACCCAUAGUUCUUAGCUUUCUCUUCAGAUAAUGAGAUUUUAACCCACCCACCCCCCGUUCACGGGACCUUAGAUGGGAUUUACCCCACCUACGUACGUUUAAAAGAUGCACUAUCACACUUAAAAUACUGGAAAUAUUUUAAAAUUAUGUGGGGAAAUAUUACAGCCUCUUUCCAUCUUCAAAUGUGAUUCAAGUCCUGCAGUAAAAUCAUUCUGUUUUGCCUUUGGGGUUUCCCCAGACCGGCUGAUACCUGCGCCUUGUGCCUCGGUGGUGCUUUUUUGGCUACAAGAACACUGAAACUCACCUCUGAAGAGCAGAUACAGAGGAAGUGAUUGUAGUAAUGCCUCCAAAACGGAAGCUGGCUGUUUUUAGAGACCAUUCCGCUGAUGUGAGCCAGCUUUCAAAAUCUUUUGGCAUAAAUAUAUUUAACUUGGGCCAAUGGUUGAAGCAAAAUUGCCCAGACUUGCAGUUGCUCAUUAUCACUGGCUGUGACAUCAGGUUAGUUAGGCCAAUGGCAGAGGGCUUAUCUAUGAGACAGCUGAUUUUGCAUGAGAGCAAAAACCCACCAUGCAAAACUCAUUGCUGGUGCCAGGUGUCCUGAAUAAGCUGUUCAAGAUUCACUGGCUUACAGGCUUGCCAAAGGUGAAAAGCGUGAAGAGGGUCAUUUGCAGCAGAACCACUUCCCAUCCUAUAAAAAGGCAGCAGAAAAGAAGCACCAUGUUUUGAACUUUUCACAGAAACGCUUUGAGGUUAUUGUUGACACUUUUAUGUGAGUUAUUAACCAGCAGCGAUACCUCGGAAAUUCUGCGAAUUUGAACUGCUUUGAGAUUGAAACUGUAUGAGGCAUAAUCAGCCAGGAGUUUCAGCGAUGCUCAUGUCUUGCUUUACUGGCAAGUCCCUGGGUCAGAGAGACAUUUUAGAUACAUACAGCGAGCCUUGUUUGCCUGUCUUUGUAGUUGUGCUUGGUGUUGUGUUCCACUUGUGCCUCACAUAGUAUGUGAACUCAGAAAGUUUGCCCUCAAACACCCAAUCUUAUGUCAGCUUUUGAAUAAUUUCAGUAGGUGUUCUUAGAAGUCAUGUAAAAGCUGAACAAUGAAAUGAAAUGAAUCGGGGCUGCUUUUGUUUCUGUGUUUCUCCUCUUUAGCAAUUUUGCUAUUACCUACUUUUUAAGAUGUGACCAUCAGGCCCUGAAAUGUUACACUAAAAAGAAAAAAGGUUUCCUGUCACCCUUACCCUCCCUCCAGAUCUUGAGGAAGGAGGCUGUGGAAAGCCAUCGUAUGUUUUAUAGCUUUGUUCUAAGAAUAAAAAUUAUCAGCCUGAAAUACAGGCUGGGAGUCAGGUAUUCUCAAGGUGUCUCACAAAAAACAAAACAGAGUACAGUGGUACCUCCGGUUACAAACUUAAUUCGUUCCAGAGGUCCAUUUGUAACCCGGAACCGUUCUUAACAUGAGGUGCGCUUUCGCUAAUGGCGCCUCCUGCUCCUGCUGCGCUGGCAGCGCACAACUUCCACUCACAUCCCGGGGCAAAGUUCGCAACAAGGGGCAUCUACUUCCAGGUUAGCAGAGCUCGUAAAUUGAAGCAUUCGUAAAGAGGGCGGUACGUAACGCGAGGUUCCACUUUAUAGUACUAAAAACUGAAAAUGCAAGUUAAAACAAAACAAGCACAAUAAGCAUGCAACAUAAACCUUCCUUAACGGAGAAAAAAACUGUAUGCAACUGUAGCCUCCCAUUUCCUACCAAAGUUUUAUCAUGGCCCUAAUUCUUCCUGGGGUAUGUUUUGGAGCAUGGACUAGGGCUUUCGUUUCUGUUUGUGUCUUUACUGAGCGGGCCUCUGUGCACGUGCACAGAUCAUCAACAAAAAUGGGGCUUGGGGUGGUGACCACAACAGAAGUUUCGUAGAAAAGCCGAUGCCCAUGUGACUUGCUGGAACUGCCAGCUCUACUUCCCCACACCAGAAACCACAUCCUUGUUUACAUAGAGGUUAGAGAUGAGUCACAUACUCCCUUGAUGCAUUGCACAGCCCGCCAAAAAGCUGUUGACCCGUCCUCAUCUGUCUGUCUUGCUUUCCUGCUGCUACCUUGAGGGGCCUAGAAAAUUAGCUUCAGAAGGCAGUGUCCUAUUGCUAUCACGUACAGAUAGGGAACUGCCUCUUCACCCCCUUGCACUGUUAUAGGAAAUGCCAUGAAAUUACUAGCGCAAUGUUUAGAAGGUGAUCUGUUUGUGUUUGAUGAGUGAUGCUGGGGUCCCCACCCUUACACCGUCCCAUGUGCCAUUUUCAACAUCCUGCUGUUCAUGGGUACAUACAAGGGCUGCCAUACAAGGCAAGCCACCUUCUUCUUACCUGCUAAUUCCAUGGUGCCUUGAGGCAGGCAUGGAUCUUCUCUUCAUGCCGUGUAGGCUUUCAGUAUUACAAAUCUACUACUUAACUGGGAAGGUUAAGAAAGUUAAGGGCCACUGCCAUUCCAUCAUAUGGAUGUCUCGCAAGGCAAGGUGAAGCGGGUGCAUUGGGAUGCCAUUAAAGGCAGCUGGGCACAAGUCAAAUGGAUUUGACUGUUGGAGCACAAUGUACUCUGUGCACAAUCCCCAGAAGGAAUAGGAGUGGCACAAGAGGAUUUAAAUGGGGCUUGUGCUAUUGUCUUAUUAUAGUUUUGGAGGGUGCUGCUGGAGUUUGUCACCUCUGGCACCAAGAUAUGGUGAUGCAAAAACAGCCACCAUUACUCCCCACACUGGAGCUUUUAUAGCUACAGUUCUUACGGACCCCAGUUUGGCUUGGGGGUAUUGUUGCUGUUUGUUUUAUGGGUGGCCUGUGGAGUCUUUGUGGCUCCUGUUUGGCUCAGAAAAGAGAAGCCCUAGUGUUUGAUGCACCGAGGGUGCAAGAACGUCUUUCCAAUUCCUGAAGCUUAGGUGGUAGCAGUGGUUGCGAACAGGCUGUGGAGGCAGGAGGGAAGGUUCAAAGGGCGGAAUAUGAGAGAAGAAGUAGGAAAAAAGCAGGCAUGGGAAGGGAAGCAAGGGGAAGAGGGAGGGGAAAUGAUUGCUGGAAAGUGUAAGAGAAGAGAAGCAGGAGAAAGUUGCUGUGUUUGGAGAAGCAGCAGAGGCAUCAUCCCAAGACGCUUCGCUAUGUACAAAGCACUUGCUACUCUUGGGCUUAGAAACUUUUUCCCAUAUGCUAUCUCUUGACCUUGUGGUCCUGUGUGGUUGUCACAGGUCUCUUUUCUUCCUGGCAUUUCUCUUCUACUCUCACCUUUGAGUGUGGUGAUGAUCUGAGCCUCAUUCUCCUGUCUCUGCCACCACUGGCUCCACAUCAGGAAUGUGCCUCCCCAAAACACUCUUCCCAGGUAAGGGCUGCUGACAAGCAUCCCAGGAUAGCUUCUUCUCUCCGCCUCCCUCAGUGUAAGUUGAUUGGGCUGGGUGGGAGAUUCAGGACAUGGCAUGUAGCUCAGUAGAGUCAUUUGGAUUUCUUUGUUGCUGAGCUUUAUAAACCAGGUCCCCUGAUUAUGACUGGAAUUCUCUAUACUUGCCACAAAUGCUGUUGAAACUGCUUUUUCACUAAGUUUUCUCGUUUUUUGCACAGUGACCCCUCUCCCAGCUGCUUCCUGAACUGGCCCAUCCCAGUCCUUUCUAAACUCGGGAGGCUGUUCUCUCCUCUUCUUCCUGACCCUUACGUUAUUUUCUUUUGAUCUGACUGCCCCAGAGCCAUGGAUAAGUUUGAACCACGCGAAGCCAACUUACUGAUUUCAGUUUGUUAUGCCUUAAUGAGAAUUGAGACUUGAAUCUCUUAGAGUCUGAAUAUGGUGUUGCUUCGGGAUCCCUGUGGGUGCUGCAUAUUGAAUCCUAACUUCUUUUCAGUUAACAGCAGUAUUUUGAAGUAGAGACCAUAUAGGCAACUCAAAAUAGCAAGGGAUUUUGGCACUUUUCAGUAAUUGGUUUCAGAUAUCUGUGACCACCCCUCAGCUACUUUGCCUUCCAAGGUAAUCCACUUUGCUGCAACCUUUGCUUCUCUGAUGCUCCCAGAGCUGGCAUCUGGUUGUUUUUCUACACUUGCCCCUGGAAAUGGUUGCACAUCUGCAAAGAGUUUUUGUGAUGUUGAAAAAUCUGUAAGAUCUGACUUUUCAGCGCAUCUGUCAGUUUCAGUACUGGCUCUGAUCAGUUUCAUUAGCUGCCUUGUUGUGGAUUAGCUGACAAAUAAUGGAACUGUGGCUCCCAGUUUCAAUCGGUUUUAAUUGUUAGAUUACUCAACUAAAGCUUUUGGUGACCCAGCCUGUGCAGAAACGAGCUGUGUGUGUGUGUGUGUUGCAGAAAUAGCACCAAACAAAAAAUCAGGGGAGAGAGAAAAAGGAGAAAUAAUAGGCCCACUACUUUUCCAGCUGUAAACCAGAUAAAAUAGCAUUAAAAUGUUUUUCUAAUGGAAUAAAUGACUCUUGGAGGAAUUUAAGGUAGCACUAUGUCAAAUGUUCCAUCAACAAAAGCAUUUCAGCUUCCCACAUGGAACAAUCCCCAAACCCCCCCCCCCCCCCGGUGUGCUGUUCUGAUGGUUCUCCCAAGCCCCCAGAGCCAAUUUGGGGGUAUGGGUGCAAUAGCAGGCAAUGGUGUGAAUAGCCCUGUUGACCCAGCAGAAGUCCUUGUUUUGGCUUCUGCUUGAGAACUCAUCUGACCUAUCAGUGUCAAGAGGGCAGGUCCUCAUAGUUCAGGUAACACUGUACUCGCAGGCUGAGUAGGUGUGUUGCAGCCACAAGCCUUAGCCUCAACUACUAACCAAAAUCUGUCCUGUGGGGAGGUUUUUCUUUCCUGACCCUAAAUAUGUGAUCAGUCAGGUCCCUCUGGGUGACACAUGAUAUCAGGGUUACAUGCUUCCAAAUUAUAAUUAAUUAUAUGGUGCUUUUUAGCCAAAAGGCCCCAAACAGCAGUAAACGGCAGUAUUAAAAGAACAAAAUAUUCAGUAGAGUGCAAUCAACUGCCAUAAAUCAACAGCAAGCAAAAUGGUACAAGGCUACAAAAAAGGAGGACCAAAAGAAAGCCUUUCAAAGCAAGAGGAUUAAAGGGUGCUCUCGCCAACUCUACAUCUGGCACAUUUGGUGGCUGGAAAUCAGAAUAGGCAAUGAGAAAUACUAAAGAAGCUAACCCCAGCUAGAAGAUUUAAGGGUGCCCAAGAAGUGUCUGCAGCUUGGGAGCCAAAUGUUGAUUGCUGUCUUUGGGUUUGGAGCUGGGGGGUCGGGGGAAAGGCCACCUUCAGCACUUAUAUCUGCUUGGUUUGUUGUACUGUGGGGGAAGAGAACCAUGAUGCACAGCUUGCAGACGAGAGGAAAGCCACACACGCCUCCCUUGGAAUGCUGAAGACAGCACUCAGUGGGACCAUCCCAGGGUUUUUGAGUACUGGAGGAAUAAGAAACUGAUCUGGGGUUCACUUGGUGCAAAUCAGCAACUUCAGUUAUGAAGCUGUGCUACAUGCAAGGAAAACUAGGUGCUUCCAAACCUGUCUCUCUUUUCUGCUUAUAAGGUAAGCGUUUGUUGGGUUGGGUCAGUGAUGAGCUCUCAUUUCUUUUUGCAGCUGACCAGGUAUAUGGUGACCAAGACAUGCAUGAAGUGGUCAGGAAGCACUGUAUGGACUACUUGGUGAGUUACAGCAGGAAUCUAGAGGAGGGUGGGCUUCUGCCUCCACCUCUAAGCCUGACCUUCAGGACUGUGUGUAGCAGGCAUUCUGUAUUCUGUGAACACAGGCAGCCAAUAAAGAACAGAGUCUUGCCAGUCUAAAUCCCUGGCUUUCGCUUCUUCUCCAGCUUGUUACUUCUGGGCACUAAGGACAUUCUUCCUAUGAAAAUAUUAUACCUUCCCUCCUUUGAAAUGGUACAAGUGAUGCUACAGCCACUGUUCUUUCUCCUCCUCUCCCAACCACCUCUAAAUUAUACAGAUAAAUACACACACAUAGGUAUAUGUCUAUCUCCACACUUAAAAUUGCAGCUCAGGGAGCCAUCCAUAAACUGCUUGAAAGGUGUUUGGCAGGCCCUUCCCUUGUGGAAUCCUGUUGGCACUGAGGGGACUCUUAAGCAUUACUCCAACUAUACUGAAGCUGCUGCUGCUGCAUGUGUGUAUCGUGUGUUUACAGCUUCCAUGUGACUGGGGUAAUAAUGUUAAAUGUCCUAAUUCCAUGGUUGGAGCACUUUACACAUUAUGCCCAAUGGCCCAACAUGAUUAAGUUGUUCAACCACUGCCCCAUAUGUGUGGAACCCUCCUUGAGCAAAACCGUUCUAACGCAGCAUGGGCGCCCCUUGUUCUCUGCAGGUUCAGCUCUCCUAAUGGGUUUGUGCCAAGAAUCCUUUCCUGGAAAGGCUCUCCCACCUCCCCAUGCUGUUUCUUGCCCCAAGUGGGAGCCUUUCUCCGUCCUUCUAACCUUGAGGCCCUUUCACAUUGCAGAUGAAGAAUGCCGAUUACUUUUCCAAUUACGUAACAGAAGAUUUCACCACUUACAUCAACCGGAAACGGAAAAACAACUGUCACGGCAACCAUAUUGAGAUGCAGGCCAUGGCAGAGAUGUACAAUCGACCUGUGGAGGUUUACCAGUAUGGCACAGGUAUGCGUGGCUCCUACUUCCUGUCCCCUAACCCUUGCCCACGCCAGCCCUGGGCUGGGGAUGCCAGCCUCUCAGCUGCCCCUAUAAAGCGUGGUGAUGGCAUCCAGCAUGUUUGGGCAAAGGGCAGGGAUUAUGCUACACCUCGCACUGAGCUGCCAUCUUUCCCUUCCAGAGCCCAUCAACACUUUCCAUGGCAUCCAUCAGAAUGAGGAUGAGCCCAUCCGAGUGAGCUAUCACCGCAACAUACAUUACAACUCUGUGGUGAACCCCAACAAGGCUACCAUUGGUGUGGGACUGGGGCUGCCCUCCUUCAAGCCAGGGGUGAGUCUUUCCUGGAUGGGUUUUGGGGAAGGGAGGUCCCUUUAGCCGAGGAGUUCAGUAUCCCUCACUACCAGGGUGUCCUCUGGGGGUUGAAAAGUUGGGAUGUGGCAAGGUAAGGCUUGAUGGAUAAAGAGAGGGCAGGGAGAAAUCAGUUGACUAAGAUGUGUGCCUGAUCGUGUAACUUUGCAGUAUGAUCUGUGUAUUUUUAUUUUUAUAAAAGGUUUCUAACUCGUCUUGCUGUUAUCAGCUACUCAGCUUGGUGGUGUUGCAUGAAUUUGAAAUAGAAAAUCUUGCUUUCCGAAUUUGCUUGCUUUUGUUAAUUGGUUGCAGCCGUUUCAGGAAGAAACCAUGGAGGGAGAUUGGACAAAUCAUGAAUUUGAAAUGUUCCCAUAGGAAAUAAUUUAAAUGCUCGCCUAACGAAUGAUUUCCUGGGAAAGCAUUGUGUUCAGAAAGUGGGACCAGCAUGUGUUUAUAUCCUGCCUUUCUGCCUAAUAACUGGGCUCCAACGCUACUGAGAACAAGCAAAAAAUAAUACAUAAUAGAAUAAUAUUAUGUGUUGAGCAUGGGGCUUUGCACAGGGCUGUUCUCGGGUACUGGCAACUGGCUGGCUGGUGCUGCCUGCAAGCCCUCUUUUGGCCCAGCUGCAUCUUUACCUGCCACACCCCUGAAGUUAUGUUUGGUGCCAGGUGUAGAGCAGGUAGGGCAUGGCUUUAAAAAUGCCCUUGCAAAGCAAAUCAGGCAAGUGAGUCAGAAGUUCCCAGUUGCUGCUGCUACUACAAUGACUGUUUCAGCUGCUACCCUUUGAAAAUUCCAUGGUGCCUGGACUAUGCAGAAUUAGACAAGAUGACAGGAAGGAUUUGAAACCUGCGGGAUCAGAGAUUCUCAGAGGACUGGAGUAAAUAUGUGAACUGUCUGAAAAGCAAUUGUAAUCAACAGAUUACGCUAGUGGGAUUGCAGGAAGUUUUGUAAAGAGAACUGUGAAAUAUUGCAGAGAAAAGUAUGAAGAGAACUAUUAGUGAAGGACUAUUAAAAGUAAUAGUGAAAUUAAUGAAAUGAACUUUGAUAAAGAUUGAAAAAUCUUCAGAUGUGGUUGAUGGAAGUCCAAAACACUGAAUAAGAUGAGAAAAUACGUUGUGUGGUUUUUUUGGAAAUUUCAUGUAAAAAUCAAUAAAAAUAUAUUUUUAAAAAAGAAAAUUCCAUGGUGCCAGGAGUGGCCCAGGACAUUGUGCUGCUAGAGACAAAAUCCCCAGUGCAGCUCCCCCCACCUCCUCCCCCUCACCGUCUCCUAGUUCCCAGCACUCAGCACAGCUGGGUGUCCGCCAUUACCAGCUGCUUGCUGCCUCCUGCUCCUCAACCCCUGUGGCAGCACACCCCUCUACUCACCCCUGGGUUGCCCCAAAGAGGAGUGUGCUGCUGCUGCUGCAGCUACCAGGGUCAAGGAGCAGGAAGUGGCAAGCCUCCAGCAGCAGUGAAUGCCCAAGUCAUGGCUAGUGCUGGGUGCUAGCCACAAGGGGCAGGAGAUGGCAGCAAGGGUGCUGGCUUCACCUGUGGGGAGGGGGAAGGCAUGAUGGUGCAGGGAGGGAGUGGUGGCGCCACUGCUGGCAGGGAGGCAGCAGGAGGUACAGUCCCCCAACCAACCACUCGCUCGUCUCACAGCUUCUCCUCCUGCUCUGCUCUCCUCUCCAGGUGGCUCUUUCUAUUGGCAAAAGGCACUAGAGGUCCUCUCCCUCAGGCCUCAGAUAUUGCUCAACUUGAUCUGGUGAAUGAGGGUGGGGCUGAAUCAACCCACCCAUCUGCAGGAUGGGGCAUUUUGUCCAGAGUGCUGGGCCUGCCAAUCACCAUCGCAUUUCUGAUGUGGCCGUGUGGCGAUUCUGGCAGAGCAGGGUGAAGAAGCAUGUAAAGAAUAGUAGCUGUAGGAUGCCUUCCCCAGCCACUUCCAAGCCAACCUCAAAGAGGCUGGAGAAGGAUAUCUGCUGGCUGCUAAGAGACUAUCACCUGUUUCCUCCCCCAGAUCUGACAAAGCUUGUCCAGCUGCAUUUAAGAUGAAUUAAUCUCAUCCUUUCCUUUAUCUACUAGGGGAAAAUUGAAUAGAUAUGUGCUCUUCCAAGACAACCUUUGGGCAAGUUCCUCCCACUCUCACCCAGAUUUCUUUAUUUCAAUUGUGGGCAGAAUCCCCAUAGCAUAUCCUGUCAGCCCAAGGAUUUCUCCUCUGCAUGUAUCCCACACCUUUCCCAUAUCUGCUUGUCAGGCUUGGGGGUGCCUCCUAAAACAAAUGGGGAAGGGUGGAAGGAGUCCUGCUGUGCAAGCGGAAAUCCUUGCGCUGCCAGGAGGCUUACUUAGCACUGUGCUAAAGUAUAGUUGCCCCUGUUGUUGUUUUCCUGACGGAGAGGGCUUAUCUCCUUUUGCUGUUCAAAACAUGCAACCAAACUUGGGCAGCGGGUUUGAGCCUGGGACUCCAGUGGGCUUGCUGAACUCCCUCCACUCUCUGUAGUAUGCGGAGCAGUCCUUGAUGAAGAACGCAAUCAAGACAUCCGAGGAGUCAUGGAUCGAGCAGCAAAUGUUAGAAGAUAAGAAGCGAGCAACUGACUGGGAAGCAACCAACGAGGCCAUUGAGGAGCAGGUUGCCAGGGAGUCUUAUUUGCAGUGGCUGCGUGACCAGGAAAAGCAGGCCAGACAGGUUUGGUUUAUUUCCUCCAUGUGUGAAGGGGAAAUGAGGGUUUGGGGGCAUCUCAGAGAUCACUAGAGAUGGGGAAGUGAGUCUUCCCUUCUGUUGAGACUGGCUGUAAUACUGGCCUGGCUCAGGGAAACUGAUCAACAAGAUGGUUGGCCCUGAAUAGCAUCUCUACCUUUUCCCUUCUCCACAGCCCUGCAAAGCCAGCGCUACCUGCAGCUCCGCCACGGCGGCUGCAGCCAGCGGUUUGGAAGAAUGGAGUGGCCGCUCUCCACGCCAGCGCAGUUCGGCGUCUUCCCCAGAGCACCCCGACUUGCACAAUGAGCUGAAUGCUGCCAAGCCACCUUCCCCUGGGAGCACCGCAGCUCUAGCACUUACAAAGCCCCCCUCGCCGUGUGCUCCUGGUAAGUGCCCCAUGGGUCAGUGCAGGGAGCAGAAUGACUCCUCCGGGUGGGGAGCAAGAAGGCUUAAGCUAUGGCAGGGGCUGGGUGAGGCGGCCACAGGGAGACAAGCUUGGUUGUGACUUGGGACAUGUGCAGAUCAAACGAGUUUUUCCCCAGGGGUCAGGCACAUUCUUCUUGCACACGAAACACCUGCAAGCCACAUAGGUCUCUCUGAGCUCCUUCUGGUUGUCCAGGUGACAGGACAAGGUCAUGCAGUUUGCCGCUUCCACCACACCUGUAGACACCAUAGUGCUGUUCUGUCUUGAUCCAGUCUUCAUAGUGCUGUUCUGCUUCAAAACACUGUGGUCCUGUAGAAGCUGCGUCUCCUUUGUAAGUCUAGAAGGGGGAGCAGAAGGGCUGUGGUGCAGUUGCCAUUAUGCACUACUGUGGUAUAUUUCUCCACAGCUGCUUCCUCACUGCCAUUUUGAAGAGAUAGGAGAGAGGGGAGAUUAGCUAUCCAGCAGCCAAAGUGGGGAAUGAGGGAAAGGACAAGAUAUUUAUCUUUCCUUACCUUAAUUUUUUUUUAAAAAUGGAGCGCCUUUCCAGUUGCAUUGCUUGAGGAAGUUCACACUGACUGUGUUUAAAAACAACCCUUAAAAUAAAUGAAGUAAGUAAAAUAAAAAUGCAUAACAGUCCUAUCCAGCAGAAGCCAGGCAUAAAGUGUUUCUCCAACCGAUAAGAUCUAGCUGUAAAUGGGUUGGAAGCCAUAAAUGAGCCUGCAGGGUUGGAAGCGAAAAUCCUUAAAGUAAGCUGAACACAACAGAAUCAAAUAUCCCAGAGGCAGAGGGAAAUUUUCACUUAGUAGUGAACUUGGAAAGUCAGAUAGGCCCACCUGGAAAGGUUGUUUUACUGCUGAGGUGCCACAGGAGAAUGGGAGGGAUUCCCCAUUCAUUCAUCCACAGAUUUCACCUCCUGUCAGUUUUGGAUUUGGAAGAUCUUAAGGUAUGGGGAGGUGGUCUAUUAGAACAGAAAAGUGGUGAGGCCAGCAGAGCAAGGGGUUAGUAGCCCUCCAUCAUGAUGACUUGCAAUUCUGGAUUAAUAUUUCUCUCACAGCAGAGAGGGAUUUGAGUCCUCACAGAGGCCCCUCUAUUCUCAGGCCUAAAGGAGGCCAAAUAGUGGCACAGUCACUUAGAGGACUCACUAGUGCAGGAUAAUGACCUUUCCCUCUGCCUCGGGUGACUCCCUGGAUCAUUUUAUUGCAGAGAGUUGCAGGGUGUUGAAUUGAUGUCUAGUAUACCAGACAAAAUCCACACGGCCCUAAAAAGGGGGCAGGAUAGUUACCAAUAAAGAAUGCAAGAGGUUCUGCCUGUGGAUUUCUUCAUCUUUUGGCUCUGAGUGUGCAUAUGUCUGUCUAAUAUUCAUUUGGCUAAUAAUUGUAAGUCACUGAUAUUUUUACUAUACAGCUGUAUACAAAAAAGUUUGAUAGAGAGAUAAUUUUUUUAAAAAACAACAACCACACAAAAUAAAUAAAAUAAAAAAAAACACUGAGAUUUUGGCCAUCCCACAAUAUAUACUCUGGUUUCUAUCAAGGGGCAACCUGAGAAUACGUAAAUUAUGCCAGAAUAUGGUCAGACUAAUAUACAUGUCAGAGUUCAGAUUCUUUUAUCCAUCACAGGAAAACACCUGCAAACUUGUUAAGUUUAAAUUGCCUUUAAAGGAAUACCAGGGGGCAGGGCAUUGUUGGAGAAUUGGCCCUUAGGAGAUGAAUGUCCCCUUUGCAUGCAAAUAAUUCUACCAUCAAUUUGCACACCUUACCCAGGUACAAGCAGCCAGCUUUCUGCAGGCGGUGGCCGAGCAACCCCUCCCUUAGUAUCGUUGUAUCCAGCCCUGGAGUGUCGGGCAAUAAUGCAGCAGAUGUCACCAACAGCAUUUGGUAAGUGCCCUCCCUUGAGCCAAGCAUUCAGGCGUUAAGGAAGGUGGCUCUUUAGCCAUUCAGAACCUUAUUUUCUUUUCAGGCAUUCUGAUGCUAUAGCUGGAGACUCCUUCAGUUUUCCAGUACAGAACCCUGCAUUCAGUGGCUGCUUUUCACAAUAUAUAUAACUGCUUAGUGUGUAUAUGAAGAGGAGACAGGUCAAAAUUUGUCGUUCUGAGCUUGAGCAAAUCUAAAAAUGCCAGGCCUUGUGGGAAGAUGACAGAAGAGGAGUCAGCUUGAGCAGUUAUUUUAAGUGAGGAUUUCUGGGCUGCUGGAAACACAUCUCAGAUCUGUUUUCAUUUUGAUGUUUUCAGCAAGGUUGCCAUAUUUCAAAAAUAAAACCCUGGAAAUUGCCUAAGAUUCAGGGCAAAGCUACCAGGAUUUUCACGAGAUACUGCAACUAGCUCUCUCGUUUUCCCUGGCCCUUGCACAAUCUCUUGGGAGUCAGCUGGUUUCUUUGGGAGGAGGAGGUUAUGUACCUCCGUUUGUGGUCUUCCCACCUAAUUCAUCCCUGUCUUCACACUAUGGAAAUGGUGGGCAGUAGGGUGGGUGGGGAGGAGGAAAAUAAGUGCUAUAAAAAGAAUCAUGGAUAAUAGAGCCCUGUGAGUACAGCAAAAAAAGGUGGGGGGAAGAAUUGCAAUUCCAAAAUUGUGUAAAAUUCAGAUUUUGAUUUACAAAAACAAAAAGGGGUGAGAGCUUUCAGAUGAACUAGGUUGAGUGCCAGAAACUGAAAACUGCUAACUCAAACAGGAAUGCUUGGAGCAUUGAAAUGAAGUAUUUUUUCGCCACUCCUUGUGGAGUCUUAUUGUGGCCAUUAAGGUGAAAGCAUCCAGUCUGGAGCAUCAGCGGCUAUGGUGGCAAAGGAUGGGGUGGACAUGGAACUAUGAUGCAGUCGACUGCGCAUGGUCGGCUGUGUGUGAGAGGUGGUGGGAGAACGGCUGGUGGUGGGAGAACGGCUAGUGGCGGGAGUCGAGUGACCCAUGACUCCACCUGUGACCGCUUCAACCCCUUUGUCUUCUGCCAGGCUUGAGCGACUGGGAUGACGACGAGAUCUUGGCUUCAGUGCUGGCGGUGUCACAACAGGAGUACUUGGAAAGCAUGAAGAAGAGUGCCCUGCACAGAGACAGUGGCUCAGACAAAAGUUGAUAACUCGUUUGCAUCUCCUGUGUUCGCCUGACACCCCUUAGGUGCAUGUUUUGGCAGGAAGGAUGAUAAUACCUGGGACCCCUCCCCUCCUCUGCUGCUGCUGAUCAAAGCUCCUUCGGCUGCCCUUUUGCCCCGUCAUUUUUUGGCUCUUUGCAUCCAACCUCCAAUGUGCUUGGGGGAGAAGCGAGAGAAGGACUGGACCUCCUCUGCAAGGAGCUGGAACACGCACAAACUGGGGCAUGCUGGGCUUCCCCCUUCAUCAGCCGUUCCUUCAUUACUGAAUAUAUCUAUAUAUAUGAUCCAAUCCUAAGUGAGACCUCCCCACUUUUGAAUGGGAGGGUUGCCGUUUGCUUAUAGGGUGGUGGGAAGGUGGACUCUUCAGGUUGGGUUUUGGAGAGCGGAGAGAAGCUCAGCUGCUUCUGUGGAAGCAGAGUGUGACUGCAGGGCCCACCAAGUUCCCUCACCCUUGGGAGCUGGGGAUAUAAUAAUGUUCAAGCAUGAAGGGGGUUGGGGGGCUAAGCAGUGUGUUAACGGUUCUUUCACCUGCCCCCUUUUAACACUAGCAUCCUGGCUUCUAAAAGGGUCUUCAGUGAAGUGGGUCCCUAAACCUGCAACCAUUUGAAAUCACUCCGCCUUCAUCUCUGAGGAACAGCUGUGGUCAUCUGCAGGAGGACCACCUCCGUGGCUGCUUUUUCUUGCUCCACGUGGCAGCCUCUCUUCUCUUUCCCACUUGGGUGUCAGUCCCUGUUUGUUCACGUGUGGUCCCUGACAUCUGGGAGUGCACCACAGGCUCCCGACUUUUUGCCCAGCCAUGUGGUCUCCCCGACGCUCUGCUUGUUGGCUUUCUUGGCCUCUCCCGCUGCUGACUCUUCUAUUCUCCCUGUGCCUAGCAGCGGGGGAGGAGGGACGGGGGGUUGGAGAACACACCACUUGUCAUUCCAUGUCAGCACUUCCUAGGAAUGGGCCCAGGCCUUUAGCUGCAUCGUGGAAAGGAGGUGUUGGUAACAAAAUGGACUCUGGCACAAGCUCAGAAGCUGUAGGCGACAACUCUACAAUGUUGGGAAGGUCCCAGGUUGUCCUGUGAUGAAAGUAGAUCUUGAACCCCACAGUUGGGACCCAUGCAAAUGGCGGGGGAACCUGUCCCACGAGGACCCUAGACUGUUGGCAGGCUGGCCUGAAGGUCAAUUAACUCCUAGAAAAGAAAGAUCUUGCCUCUUCCGAGUGUGGUGUCUUCCUAAUUACUGCUGUGGUUAUACAAUCCACCUAAUGUGGCCAUUUAUUUUUUAUUCUCAAAUCCUGGUGUGAACAAAUGUUUCUGCCUUCCCCAUUCAUGCAAGGGGCACAGCACCAGUGCACUCAACUACUCCUGCAGCUUCAUGUUGUGUCCAAAAUUCAUGAAGGGCUGGGAUUUGCUAAAGGUCCUGCCCCCUUGGCAUUGCUUUCUGAGGCUGCAGAGUGGCAGCUUUGAAAAGGGGUGGGAGGGAAGUGGGUAGGUAGUCUACUGCUUUAGGAAGACAGGUUUCAAAGUGGUAUUUGGUGCCUGAAAUAAAGUAUUGAUCUAUGCUCUACUUCUCUCUCCCCCCCCCCCCCCAAAAAAAUACCUUUGUGUUUCACCUGUGAGAGAGGUGAUUAACUUCCCUGUGCAGAAUGAGAAAAUGAAGCAGGAACAGGUGAGGAUGUACUUGAAGUAUGAAAACAAAGCAAAAUAUCCAAGCCUCUUCCUCUGAUGUGCUUUUUUGUUCCUACAAAACCCUUUCAUGGGUCGCCUUUCCUUGCUUCUCCAGGGAUCCCUUUAUGCUCAGCUCCCAUGAUUCCCCCACAAGAGUUUGUAGAUGGAGCCACUGGUUAUCAGCUUCUUCGAACUGAACGGUGCACAGGGGCCACACUUGGAUGUGCCCUUGGUCCCACUCCAUGUGCUGGUUUACUGCCAAUUAGAUAUUAAAAUUCCUUGACCAGAAAUGCCAAAUUCUGCAAGAUCGUUAUAAGCAGAAUAAAUCAUGUAAAUAUUGCCUUGCUUGAU